GGUGUGUGAGAUGGUGGUGCCUCUGGAAGACCCUAUCAUCACUGAGACGACCUCCACCCUGCAGGAAUGGGGCGUGCUGUGGAAGCAACUCUACGUGGUGAGUACCAUUUCACCUCUCACUGGGAGACCUCUGUCUAGAGUAGAGGAAACAUUGGGUCCGUUUAUAUGCAAUGUGCAGGGUUAGAAGAGGGUUAGAAGAGGGUUAGAAGAGGGGAUCAUCAGAAAGGGAACGAGAACAGGAGCUGUAUCCAUCCAUGCCUUACAUACUCAGCUCAAGGGAUUUGAUGAGAUAGGAGCUGCAUCCAUCCAUGCCUUACAUACUCAGCUCAAGGGAUUUGAUGAGAUAGGAGCUGCAUCCAUCCAUGCCUUACAUACUCAGCUCAAGGGAUUUGAUGAGAUAGGAGCUGCAUCCAUCCAUGCCUUACAUACUCAGCUCAAGGGAUUUGAUGAGAUAGGAGCUACAUCCAUCCAUGCCUUACAUACUCAGCUCAAGGGAUUUGAUGAGUGUUAUGAUGAGUUUCUCAGGUAUCAAGUAAUUAAGGAUGUAAGAAUAUACUUAGACACUUUUGAUGGGGAGUUCAUAUAAGAUAUUUAAUAGGUACCAUGGUUCGUUAACAGAAGACAUAGCUUUGCCUCUUGCCAUUCCGAACUCACCUAGAACAAAGACAUCCUCUCAGCUUAUAUACACUAUUUUACACGUUUCUUCACGAACAUCUGGUACCCAUCAGUGGGCACUCCCUUCUUUGAUGUUAUUACCCUUUACCCCAAGUCAGUAUAUCCUGUCCAUCAAUCAUUCUAAGAUCAACAUCAGUAAUCUCCUUUGACAUAAGGAAUGCAGACUCUGUGGCACCACACUAACUCUAACCUGGUUUCCCACAACACUAUAAAAACCUAAUAUCAAUGAGAAAGGUGCUGCAUCCAUCCAUGCCUUACAUACUCAGCUCAAGGGAUUUGAUGAGAUAUACAUUUUUACCUACAGUGUGCAGUUUUCAUCCACCUCAUUCAAUACCUGAAAAACCCAUGUCUAUUUGCAAGAUACUGUGGGAUAGUAAGAAACUAUUGGGGUUGAACACACUUUACUGCAUAUACAGCCCCUUCCCAUGAAUCCCCAUAGCAUGUCCUAAAGGCUGUCACUCAACUCUACGUCUUUAUAUUACUCCCUAUGUAAAACCAAAAAUAGUCAUUGGCCAUAAAUAAUGUCCUAGAUAGCUAGCUGUCAUAGGCAAUUUCACUGUAUGUCACUCCGCUGUUACCACAGCUCUUUGUCUAGCCUCGUCCCAGGUCUCUAUGUGCUGUAGCCAACUGUUCUAUCGUUGGCAUGCCAUUCAUACCAAUGAUAGUCAGAGGAGAUAGUUAAAGCCCACACAGAUUUGGCCCAGGCUAAUGUUUACCUGUCAUGGUCUAUUAUAACGUCAACUUAAAACCCAAUACAGUUCUGUACAUUCAGCCAGCAUCAUCAUCCUCCUCUCACUUUAUAAAUGUUCAUGGAGACCUAAAUAAACCCUUAUCCUGCUAAGUGUGGAGGGGGCAGGAGCCAGGAGGAUGUAGCCACUGUAUGUAGCUGCAGUUUGAGCGGAGGGAGGGAGAUGUUGCCGAGCUGGCAGCGUGUUUUUACGUAACCUCUCACUGAGGACUGCUCAUGCUCAGAGGAGCCAAGGAGCCUGGGGCAGGACUGUGGUGAUGUAACUUCCUGUCAAGCAAGACUAAUGCAAACCAUUGAUUUAACACUGCUCAUUUCAGCACUCAUUCUGCCCCUCCUGUGUGGUAGCUAGUGUAGCCAGUCACCAUGGUUACCAUCCAUAAAAAUCAGGAUGUAUCAUUGGCUAGAUGUUGACACGUUUAUUUAAUUUUUCCUUGAAUGUUUUGCCCUCGAGGCGUUUUGCUGCCAAUUAGAAUGCAUAGUGGUACUUAAGGGAGCGAUGGCUUGAGCAUUAAUGUGUAUCUGUUAUAAUGUACAUAAUUAGGCCUUACAGAACAGCCGUCCGAGAUGCCUCAUCAACUCUGACUAAAAACUUUGUUUUCCUACAGCCAUGAGCAGUUUCAGAACAUGGAAUAUUUACCCUCAUUAAAUGUACAGUUGAAGUCGAAAGUUUACAUACACCUUAGCCAAAUGCAUUUAAACUCAGUUUUUCACAAUUCCUGACAUUUAUUCCAAGUAAAAAUUCCCUGUUUUAGGACAGUUAGGAUCACCACUUUAUUUUAAGAAUGUGAAAUGUCAGAAUAAUAGUAGAGAGAAUUAUUUAUUUCAGCUUUUAUUUCUUUCAUCACAUUCCCAGUGGGUCAGAAGUUUACAUACACUCAAUUAGUAUUUGUUAGUAUUGCCUUUAAAUUGUUAAACUUGGGUCAAACGUUUUGGGUAGCCUUCCACAAGCUUCCCACAACAAAUUGGGUGAAUUUUGGCCCAUUCCUCCUGACAGAGCUGGUGUAACUGAGUCAGGUUUGUAGGCCUCCUUGCUCGCACACACUUUUUCAGUUCUGCCCACAAAUGUUCUAUAGGAUUGGUGUCAGGGCUUUGUGAUGGCCACUCCAAUACCUUGACUUUGUUGUCCUUAAGCCAUUUUGCCACAACUUUGGAAGUAUGCUUGGGGUCAUUGUCCAUUUGGAAGACCCAUUUGCGACCAAGCUUUAACUUCCUGACUGAUGUCUUGAGAUGUUGCUUCAAUAUAUCCUCAUCAUUUUCCUUCCUCAUGAUGCCAUCUAUUUUGUGAAGUGCACCAGUCCCUCCUGCAGCAAAGCAGCCCCACAGCAUGAUGCUGCCACCCCCGUGCUUCACGGUUGGGAUGGUGUUCUUCGGCUUGCAAGCGUCCCCCUUUUUCCUCCAAACAUAACAAUGGUCAUGAUGGCCAAACAGUUAUAUUUUUGUUUCAUCAGACCAGAGGACAUUUCUCCAAAAUGUACGAUCUUUGUCCCCGUGUGUAGUUGCAAACCGUAGUCUGGCUUUUUCAUGGCGGUUUUGGAGCAGUGGCUUCUUCCUUGCUGAGCUGCCUUUCAGGUUAUGUCGAUAUAGGACUCGUUUUACUGUGGAUAUAGAUACUUUUGUACCUGUUUCCUCCAGCAUCUUCACAAGGUCCUUUGCUGUUGUUCUGGGAUUGAUUUGCACUUUUCGCACCUAAGUACGUUCAUCUCUAGGAGACAGAACGAGUCUCCUUCCUGAGCGGUAUGACGGCUGCAUGGUCCCAUGGUGUUUAUACUUGCGGACUAUUGUUUGUACAGAUGAACGUGGUACCUUCAGGCGUUUGGAAAUUGCUCCCAAGUAUGAACCAAUAAUUUUUCUGAGGUCUUGGCUGAUUUCUUUUGAUUUUCCCAUGAUGUCAAGCAAAGAGGCACUGAAUUUGAAGGUAGGCCUUGAAAUACAUCCACAGGUUGACUCAAAUGAUGUCAAUUAGCCUAUCAGAAGCUUCUAAAGCCAUGACAUCAUUUUCUGGUAUUUUCCAAGCUGUUUAAAGGCACAGUCAACUUAGUGUAUGUAAACUUCUGACGCACUGGAAUUGUGAUACAGUGAAUUAUAAGUGAAAUAAUCUGUCUGUAAACAAUUGUUGGAGAAAUUACUUGUGUCAUGCACAAAGUAGAUGUCCUAACCAACUUGCCAAAACUAUAGUUUGUUAACAAGAAAUUUGUGGAGUAGUUGAAAAACAAGUUUUAAUGACUCCAACCUAAGUGUAUGUAAACGUCCGACUUCAACUGUAUAUAUAUACAGUGGGGAAAAAAAGUAUUUAGUCAGCCACCAAUUGUGCAAGUUCUCCCACUUAAAAAGAUGAGAGAGGCCUCUAAUUUUCAUCAUAGGUACACGUCAACUAUGACAGACAAAUUGAGAAAAAAAAAUCCAGAAAAUCACAUUGUAGGAUUUUUAAUGAAUUUAUUUGCAAAUUAUGGUGGAAAAUAAGUAUUUGGUCACCUACAAACAAGCAAGAUUUCUGGCUCUCACAGACCUGUAACUUCUUCUUUAAGAGGCUCCUCUGUCCUCCACUCGUUACCUGUAUUAAUGGCACCUGUUUGAACUUGUUAUCAGUAUAAAAGACACCUGUCCACAACCUCAAACAGUCACACUCCAAACUCCACUAUGGCCAAGACCAAAGAGCUGUCAAAUGACACCAGAAACAAAAUUGUAGACCUGUACCAGGCUGGGAAGACUGAAUCUGCAAUAGGUAAGCAGCUUGGUUUGAAGAAAUCAACUUUUUGGAGCAAUUAUUAGGAAAUGGAAGACAUACAAGACCACUGAUAAUCUCCCUCGAUCUGGGGCUCCACACAAGAUCUCACCCCGUGGGGUCAAAAUGAUCACAAGAACGGUGAGCAAAAAUCCCAGAACCACACGGGGGGACCUAGUGAAUGACCUGCAGAGAGCUGGGACCAAAGUAACAAAGCCUACCAUCAGUAACACACUACGCCGCCAGGGACUCAAAUCCUGCAGUGCCAGACGUGUCCCCCUGCUUAAGCCAGUACAUGUCCAGGCCCGUCUGAAGUUUGCUAGAGUGCAUUUGGAUGAUCCAGAAGAGGAUUGGGAGAAUGUCAUAUGGUCAGAUGAAACCAAAAUAGAACUUUUUGGUAAAAACUCAACUCGUCGUGUUUGGAGGACAAAGAAUGCUGAGUUGCAUCCAAAGAACACCAUACCUACUGUGAAGCAUGGGGGUGGAAACAUCAUGCUUUGGGGCUGUUUUUCUGCAAAGGGACCAGGACGACUGAUCCGUGUAAAGGAAAGAAUGAAUGGGGCCAUGUAUUGUGAGAUUUUGAGUGAAAACCUCCUUCCAUCAGCAAGGGCAUUGAAGAUGAAACGUGGCUGGGUCUUUCAGCAUGACAAUGAUCCCAAACACACCGCCCGGGCAACGAAGGAGUGGCUUCGUAAGAAGCAUUUCAAGGUCCUGGAGUGGCCUAGCCAGUCUCCAGAUCUCAACCCCAUAGAAAAUCUUUGGAGGGAGUUGAAAGUCUGUGUUGCCCAGCGACAGCCCCAAAACAUCACUGCUCUAGAGGAGAUCUGCAUGGAGGAAUGGGCCAAAAUACCAGCAACAGUGUGUGAAAACCUUGUGAAGACUUACAGAAAACGUUUGACCUGUGUCAUUGCCAACAAAGAGUAUAUAACAAAGUAUUGAGAAACUUUUGUUAUUAACCAAAUACUUAUUUUCCACCAUAAUUUGCAAAUAAAUUCAUUAAAAAUCCUACAAUGUGAUUUUCUGGAUUUCUUUUCCUCAUUUUGUCUGUCAUAGUUGACGUGUACCUAUGAUGAAAAUUACAGGCCUCUCUCAUCUUUUUAAGUGGGAGAACUUGCACAAUUGGUGGCUGACUAAAUACUUUUUUCCCCCACUGUAUAUAUAUAUAUAUAUAUAUAUAUAUAUAUAUAUAUAUAUAUAUACAUACAUACAUGUAUACAUACACACAUAUACACACAUACAUACAUACACACAUACACAUAUACAUACAUACAUGCAUACAUACAUACAUACAUACAUACACAUCCUUUAAAAAAAAUAUAUUCCCCUUUAUUACUUUCCAACCCCACCACCCUUUCCCUAAUUGGAGUAAAAUAGUGAACAACAAUGCUUAGGCCUCUACUUACAGCUUAUACUUACUAUUUACAUUUUACAAUAAUUAUAUUUUGUUUGUUUUUACUCCUGAACUUCCUCUACCCUCAACCUCUCCGAUCAUUUUCAUGAUGUCCAUCCGGUUUGCUUCUAUAUGUGUCACGUUCGCUUAAGGAGGAGGACCAAUGCGCAGCGUUGAAUGCGUACAUAUUAUUUAUUAAACAGAUCACCCGAUCAAAACAACGAACGAAACGUGAAGUCCUUCGAUACACACAAACCAAAAGGAACAAGAAACCACAACACAAAGUGAAAAGACCGAUAGUUAAAUAUGGCUCCCAAUCAGAGACAACCAGCUGACACUCGUUGCCUCUGAUUGGGAGUCACUCAGGCCAACAUAGAUAUACAAAACAUAGACUUACACACCCUGGCUCAACAUAACAUAGUCCCCAGAGCCAGGGCGUGACAGUACCCCCCCCCCAAAGGCGCGGACUCCGGCCGCGCCAAACAACCACAACAGGGGAGGGACCGGGUGGGCACUCCGCCUCGGCGGCGGAUCCGGCUCCGGACAUGACCCAGGCACGGGUUGUGCUGGACUGACGACGCACACCCCUGGCUUGAUGCGUGGAGGAGGAACGGGCCGGACCGGGCUGACGAAGCGCACCCCUGACUUGGUGCGGGGAGCAGGAAUGAGCCGGACCGGGCUGACGACGCGCACCACUGUCCUGGUGCGGGGAGCUUGGAUGGGCCGGACUGGGCUGGCGACGCGCACCACAGACUUGGUGCGGAGAGCAGGAACGGGCCGGACAGGGCUGACGAAACGCACCAUAGACUUGGUGGGGAGAGCAGGCACGGGCCGUGCCGGACUGACGACGCACACCACUGGCUUGGUGCGGGAAGCUUGGAUGGGCCGGACUGGGCUGGCGACGCGCACCACAGACUUGGUGCGGAGAGCAGGAAUGGGCCGGACCGGGCUGGCGACGCGCACCACCGACUUGGUACGGAGAGCAGGAACGGGCCGGACAGGGCUGACGACGCGCACCACAGGCUCGGUGCGAGAGGCAGGAACAGGCCGAACCGUACUGGGGACACACGCCACUGGCCCUAUGCAGGGAUCAGGAACGGGCCGGACCGGACUGGUAAUACACCCCAGUACCUCUCGCCGUGCCUCCACACUUUCCCUCUCCUCUGUGACCAGUGGCCCCCUUAACUUGGCGGCCUCCUCUUCACACCCGCUGGACCGCUCCAUCGCGGCCUCCUGCUGCCCCGUCGUCCACGUCGUGAGCCCCCCCCUAAAAAUUUUCUGGGGUUCUCUCCUCCCCGUGGACCAGGCCUCCCUAGCUCUCGCCAGACUCUCGAUCCAUUGCUUCAUAGACCAGCCUCUCUCCUCUUCACUUAGCGUGGCCCAGCCGAAACUCCUACUCCCCUGAUCCAAGGUCCAUCCACUCUCCUCCUCACGCUGCUUGGUCCUGUCUUGGUGGUUUCUUCUGUCACGUUCGCUUAAGGAGGAGGACCAAUGCGCAGCGUUGAAUGCGUACAUAUUAUUUAUUAAACAGAUCACCCGAUCAAAACAACGAACGAAACGUGAAGUCCUUCGAUACACACAAACCAAAAGGAACAAGAAACCACAACACAAAGUGAAAAGACCGAUAGUUAAAUAUGGCUCCCAAUCAGAGACAACCAGCUGACACUCGUUGCCUCUGAUUGGGAGUCACUCAGGCCAACAUAGAUAUACAAAACAUAGACUUACACACCCUGGCUCAACAUAACAUAGUCCCCAGAGCCAGGGCGUGACAAUAUGCCAUAUCUUUCUAACUGUGCUCUUUCACAAAAGCUCCCAACCUACAACCUAUAUACUUAUUAUGGACACAGUAUGCUUACAUUAUUAGUUAUCUUGUAAUUAGUUGUUGUUAGUUAUUAUUAGUCCCAUCAUUCAGCUCCAUUCAACACCACCCAUCUAUCUCUUAACACCAUCGAUAUAGGAUUUCAAUUUGCCAUGUAUUUUUAAACUCUACUGUGAUGUUUUACAAAAGUUCUGAACCUUUCUAUUCUCAUUGUUUCUACAGAUUGUAAAAUGAAUGAUUAUUUUUUUGCUAAAAGUAUUAUUAUAUUAUUGAUCGAUUGACUAUGACUUUUCAGAUCACCCAGUAAUGCUAUCUGCAAGGUUAGCUCCAGGUAAAUAUUGCAAUCCUUUAGCCAUUCCUGGACCUGUGUCCAAAAACAAGCUAUAAAUGGACAGUACCAAAACAAUUGAUCUAAUGAUUCUGUCUCUUCGCAGCAAAAUCUGCAGAGCUGGAAAGAUUGUAUCCCCCAUAUAAAUAACAUUAUAUUGGUAGCAAGAAUUGUAUAUAAUAAUUUAAAUUGAAAAAUUCUAAGUUUUGAAUCCGGUUUCGUUUUGCGUAUCAGUUCAUAAACACUAUGCCAUGGGAUCGUUAUGUCAAAAAUCUCUUCCCAACUAUUUUACAAUCUAUAUGGGAUGGCUGUCAAUCCUUUGGUCCUUAAAUGAAACUGGUAUACUUUUUUAUUCAUCACAGUUUUCUUUAACCAAUUAUGUUCUUUGAUGCAAGGCCGACAGACAAGUUCCUUACUUUCUCCCCCUUCCACUUUCCUCUUCCAUUUUUGCGGUAAGGCUGCAAUUAUUUGGUUGUAAUUGUCACGCUCUGGCUCCGGGACUGUGUUGUUUGAGCCAGGGUGUAUUCAUUUGGUUGUGUUGGGUAUAGGGUGUGUUCAUUUGUUGUGUUUGGUAGUGGUUUUGUUUUCCGUGUUUUGUCAGUGACUCCCAAUCGGAGGUAACGAGUGUCAGCUGUCGGCUCGUUAUCUCUGAUUGGGAGCCAUAUUUAAACUGCCUGUGUUCACUUUGUGUUUGUGGGUUUAUGUUCCUUGUCAGUCUUUGUUACUGUGGACUUUACGUUUCGUCUAUUUGGUUUUGGUACUUUAAUUAAAUAAAGUCUAUCAUGUUCGCUCAACGCGCUGCGCUUUGGUCUCCCUCAUUUGACGAUCGUGACAGAAAAACCCACCAAAGAAGGACCAAGCAGCGUGUCCAGGAGCAAGGAGACUGGACAUGGGAGGAAGCGCCGGGUAAGGAGAUCGAGAGGCUGGCGAUGGCCCAGGUGGGCAAAUCGUGGUCCUGGGAGGACAUGCUCGGGGGCAAGGGACCUUGGGGGAAGAUCAAGGCCCUGGCGAGAGAGGAGCAACGGCGUCAGCAGGGUCAUCGUCGGAAGGACGAGAGGCAACCCCAAAAAGUUUUUGGGGGGGGGCACAUGGCUUGGGCGGCUGGGCAGCAGGAGGCUGCCACAGGGAGACGUGGAGAGAAGGCUACCGGAUUACGGGAGCCAUUGGCGAGUAGAGGGAGGGAAGUAGUUGAGGCACGGCGUAAGAGACUGAGGUGUGUUACCAGUCCGGUCCGGCCCGUUCCUGAUCCCCGGUUAAGGCCAGUGGUGUGUGUUCCCAGUACGGACCGGCCUGUUCCUACUCCACGCAUCAAGCCCACGGUGUGCGUCGCCAGUCCAGCCCGGCCGGUUCCUGUUCCACGUACAAAGCCUACGGUGUGCGUGGCCAGCCCAGCCCGACCUGUUCCUACUCCACGCAUCAAGCCCACGGUGUGCGUCGCCAGUCCAGCCCGGCCGGUUCCUGUUCCACGUACAAAGCCUACAGUGUGCGUGGCCAGCCCAGCCCGACCUGUUCCUACUCCACGCAUCAAGCCCACGGUGUGCGUCGCCAGUCCAGCCCGGCCGGUUCCUGUUCCACGUACAAGGCCUACGGUGUGCGUGGCCAGCCCAGCCCGACCUGUUCCUGCUCCACGUACUAAGCCUAAGGUGUGCGUCGCCAGCCCAGCCCGGCCUGUUCCUGCUCCACGUACUAAGCCUAAGGUGUGCGUCGCCAGCCCAGCCCGGCCUGUUCCUGCUCAACGCACAGAGCCUACGGUGUGCGUCGCCAGCCCAGCCCGGCCUGUUCCUGCUCCACGUACGAAGCCUACGGUGUGCGUCGCCAGCCCAGCCCGGCCUGUUCCUGCCACUCGCACCAAACCUACGGUGCGCGUCGCCAGCCCGGUCCGGCCUGUUCCUGCCACCCGCACCAAGUCUACGGUGCGCGUCGCCAGCCCGACCCGGCCUGUUCCUGCCACUCGCACCAAACCUACGGUGCGCGUCGCCAGCCCGGUCCGGCCUGUUCCUGUUCCACGCACAGAACCUACGGUGUGCGUCGCCAGCCCGAACCGGCCUGUUCCUGCCACUCGCACCAAGCCAAGGGUGCGAGUCGUCAGCCUGGUUCAGCUCGUCCCUGCUACUCGCACCAAGCCAAGGGUGCGAGCCGUCAGCCUGAUCCAGCCCACUCCUGCUACUCGCACCAAGCCAGGGAUGCGAGUCGUCAGCCUGGGGAGGCCCGUUCCGGCUCCACGCAUCAAGCCUAGGGUGCGUUUCGUCGGCCCUGUCCGGCCCGUUCCUGCUCCCCGCACCAAGUCUGUGGUGCGUUUCGUCAGCCCUGUCCAGCCCGGUCCCGCUCUCCGCACCAGGUCAAGGGUGCGCUUCGUCAGCCCGGUCCGGCCCAUUCCUGCUCCCCGCGCCAAGGCAGUGGGGCGCGUCGUCAGCCUGGUAAGGCCCGUUCGUCCUCCACGCACCAAGCCAGGGGCGCGUGUCGUCAGUCCGGCUCCGGCCAGCGGGGCUAGACAGGACCAGGGGUACUUUGGGGGGUUGGAGAGGAGGUGGGGAUCAAGGCCGGAGCCAGAGCCACCGCCGAGGAGGUAUGCCCGCCCAGCCCUCCCUUGUUUAGCCCGUAUUGAGGCGCGGUCGCAGUCCGCGCCUUUAGGGGGGGGUACUGUCACGCUCUGGCUCCGGGACUGUGUGGUUUGAGCCAGGGUGUAUUCAUUUGGUUGUGUUGGGUAUAGGGUGUGUUCAUUUGGUUGGGUUUUGGUUUUGGUUGUAGUAUCUUGUCUGUUCAUGUGACUCCCAAUCGGAGGUAACGAGUGUCAGCUGUCGGCUCGUUAUCUCUGAUUGGGAGCCAUAUUUAAACUGCCUGUGUUCACCUUGUGUUUGUGGGUUUUUGUUCCUGUUCAGUCAUUGUCACUUUUGGACUUCACGUAUCGUCAUUUGGUUUUGUUGUUUUCGUGGUUGCUUUAUUUAAUAAAGUCAACAUGUUCGCUACAAACGCUGCGCUUUGGUCCGCUUCCUUAGACGGUCGUGACAGUAAUUUUGGGUAGAGCAGACAUUUCCAUAUGUUUUUGUUAGCUGCAUGUGCGACAUAACUCCACCAGUCCUACCGAUGAUAUCAUUUACGAAGAUUAUACCUUUUUUAAACAUUUUUUCAUAAGAUAAAGGUUAGUAUAUUAGUAUAUUUGAGUUUAACCACAAUAUUUGUUGCAUUAUUUGUUCUGUCGUUUCUGGAGGAUUAAAUUGAAAUUGCAACCAACUUUCUAUGGCUUGUUUUAGAAAUAGUGAUAUUUGGGAGAUGAUUUCCUUUUCAAAUAACUGCAAAUUAGUUGUUGUAAUCUGAAUAAAAGGAAAAAGGCCAUUCUUGAACAUUGGGUGAGACAAUCUUACUAAUUUGCUAGAGAACCAGUUCGGAUUUAAGUAUAACUUUUGUAUGACUGAAGCUUUUAGUGAUAGGUCUAAUGCUUUAAUAUUUAAUAAUUUCUGUCCUCCGAAUUCAUAUUCAUUAUAUAAAUAGGCCUGUUUAAUUUUGUCUGGCUUGCCGUUCCAAAUAAAAUUGAAUAUUUUUUUCUCAUAUAAUUUAAAAAACUGUUCGCUAGGCGUAGGCAAGACCAUAAGCAAAUAGGUAAACUUGGAUAAUACUAAAGAGUUAAUCAGGGUGAUUUUUCCACAAAUUGACAGGUAUUUACCUUUCCAUGGUAGCAAGAUCUUAUUUAUUUUUGCUAGCUUUCUAUUAAAAUGUAUUGGAGUGAGAUCAUUAAUUCCUUUGGGAUAUGUAUUCCGAGUAUAUUCACAUCACCAUCAGACCUUUUUAUUGGUAAACUACAUGGUAAUGUAAAAAUUUUAUUUUUUAGUGAUCCAAUACGUAAUAUAGUACAUUUGUCAUAAUUUGGUUGUAAUCCAGAGAGGUUAGAAAAUGCAUCUAGAUCCUCUAUGAGGCUGUGGAGGGAUUCUAGUUGUGGAUUUAAAAGAAAACAUGAAUCAUCAGCGUACAAUGACACCUUUGUUUUUUAGCCCUGGAUUUCUAAGCCCUUGAUAUUAUUGUUGGAUCUGAUUUGAAUAGCUAACAUCUCGAUGGCCAUAAUAAAUAGAUAUGCCGAUAGUGGACAACCUUGUUUCACUCCUCUUGACAGUUUAAAUGUUUUUGAGAAAUAGCCAUUAUUUACUAUUUUACACCUAGUUACUAUACAUGAUUUUGACCCAUUUUAUAAGAGAUUCUCCAAAAUUGAAAUGCUCCAGGCAUUUAUAUAUAAACCCCAGUCGUACUUUAUCAAAUGUCUUUUCGAAGUCUGCUAUGAAUAGCAGAGGGGAGAACAAGUAUUUGAUACACUUCCGAUUUUGCAGGUUUUCCUACUUACAAAGCAUGUAGAGGUCUGUAAUUGUUAUCAUAGGUACACUUCAACUGUGAGAGACGGAAUCUUAAAAAAAAUCCAGAAAAUCACAUUGUAUGAUUUUUAAGUAAUUAAUUUGCAUUUUAUUGCAUGACAUAAGUAUUUGAUCACCUACCAACCAGUAAGAAUUCCGGCUCUCACAGACCUGUUAGUUUUUCUUUAAGAAGCCCUCAUGUUCUCCACUCAUUACCUGUAUUAACUGCACCUGUUUGAACUCGUUACCUGUAUAAAAGACACCUGUACACACACUCAAUCAAACAGACUCCAACAUCUCCACAAUGGCCAAGACCAGAGAGCUGUGUAAGGACAUCAGGGAUAAAAUUGUAGACCUGCACAAGGCUGCGAUGGGCUACAGGACAAUAGGCAAGCAGCUUGGUGAGAAGGCAACAACUGUUGGCGCAAUUAUUAGAAAAUGGAAGAAGUUCAAGAUGACGGUCAAUCACCCUCGGUCUGGGGCUCCAUGCAAGAUCUCACCUCGUGGGGCAUCAAUGAUCAUGAAGAAGGUGAGGGAUCAGCCCAGAACUAUACGGCAGGACCUGGUCAAUGACCUGAAGAGAGCUGGUACCACAGUCUCAAAGAAAACCAUUAGUAACACACUACGCCGUCAUGGAUUAAAAUCCUGCAGCGCACGCAAGGUCCCCCUGCUCAAGCCAGCGCAUGUCCAGGCCCAUCUGAAGUUUGCCAAUGACCAUCUGGAUGAUCCAGAGGAGGAAUGGGAGAAGGUCAUGUGGUCUGAUGAGACAAAAAUAAAGCUUUUUGGUCUAAACUCCACUCGCCGUGUUUGGAGGAAGAAGAAGGAUGAGUACAACCCCAAGAACACCAUCCCAACCGUGAAGCAUGGAGGUGGAAACAUCAUUCUUUGGGGAUGCUUUUCUGCAAAGGGGACAGGACGACUGCACCGUAUUGAGGGGAGGAUGGAUGGGGCCAUGUAUUGCGAGAUCUUGGCCAACAACCUCCUUCCCUCAGUAAGAACAUUGAAGAUGGGUCGUGGCUGGGUCUUCCAGCAUGACAACGACCCGAAACACACAGCCAGGGCAACUAAGGAGUGGCUCCGUAAGAAGCAUCUCAAGGUCCUGGAGUGGCCUAGCCAGUCUCCAGACCUGAACCCAAUAGAAAAUCUUUGGAGGGAGCUGAAAGUCCGUAUUGCCCAGCGACAGCCCCGAAACCUGAAGGAUCUGGAGAAGGUCUGUAUGGAGGAGUGGGCCAAAAUCCCUGCUGCAGUGUGUGCAAACCUGGUCAAGACCUACAGGAAAAGUAUGAUCUCUGUAAUUGCAAACAAAGGUUUCUGUACCAAAUAUUAAGUUCUGCUUUUCUGAUGUAUCAAAUACUUAUGUCAUGCAAUAAAAUGCAAAUGAAUUACUUAAAAAUCAUACAAUGUGAUUUUUUGGAUGUUUGUUUUAGAUUCCGUCUCUCACAGUUGAAGUGUACCUAUGAUAAAAAUGACAGACCGCUACAUGCUUUGUAAAUAGGAAAACCUUCAAAAUCGGCAGUGUAUCAAAUACUUGUUCUCCCCACUGUAUAUAUACUAAUUAUUAAAAAAUAUAUAUCUAUUCAAAUAUCUUGCAUAUCUUAUUUUCCAUCAUUAUCAAUUAAAAUGCGUAAUUAUGUCGGCAGUUCAUGCGUAGGAUUUUAACAUAUAACCCGGAUUGCCAUUGUAUUACAUUUCAUUUUUGACAAGCAAUUAUUAUUUUAGCAAACAAUUAUUGUGGUUCAUCCUAUAUUCUCCCUAACAUCCCUACCCCCUUACGUUUAUCCAAAGAGAAUUCUAGUUACACACACGCACAUACUCACAUACUCUAACACACUUAACCCCUUUCCUCCACAAUCAACCAUUAAAUCAGAUGCUCAACGGUUGUUACAUCCCAGAGCCCAACUCAAGAAAGGACCUGAUUUACGAAUGCAUAUACAGUUACAGCUGAUUGAGAAAGCAUGCAAGAUUGAGCAGAAAUUGAAAACAAUGUGAGAUUUGAUUAAUCUAUUUAAUCUAUGUCAAGUCCUAGGUGAUGGAGAUCAGAUCCACCCUCUUCACCUGAGACACAAACACUCUGGUCCCCCGUUGUAACCAUUUUCCCCAAGCAUCUCCGUGUAGUCAGACCUUUGAUUAUUUUGUGCCACCUGGGCCACAAUGAUAAGCCCCCUCUCUGAUUGUCCGAGUGUGACCCCCUCCCCAUGGGUUACUGCAGCCAGUGUUGCCAGCACUGCCACUACCUGGGUGGGGGUACCCCACCGGAAUCCCCACCGGCUAGGUACAAGGUCGUCAAGGUUCUCAUUAGCAGCUUUGAGAAUUUCCUUGUAUAUAAUGCUCUCCCAUCAGGGGGCUCUGGCUUUGUAGGACCAACCCUGCCAGGCAGGCUCAGAAUCUUGAGGGGGUGGUGCUGCUCAAGUAGGUCUCUGACCGCAUUUAUUUUCCUGUUUUGGCUGCAUAUAGGCAACUCACAGCAGGUCCAUAAAACAGAUGGGUACUUCUCUUUGGUGUAUGGGUCGCUCAGGUGGGUGUCUAGGAUAUAGGGUUGGGGAUCGUUCCAUCAUGAUAGGACAAUAAAAAAUAUAUUAGAUGUAUACUAUACUUUAAAAUGUAUAUCCUUCAUCUGCACAAAAUUGAAAGCUCUCUCUGACAACCCCUGCUCACAGACACAUGUUGGUUCUGGGAAAUGCAACCAUUUCCUUUCUCACUCACUUAACGCCACACUUAUUCAAACACCAAAAGGCACAGUCAACUUAGUGUAUGUAAACUUCUGACUUCAACUGUACAUGAACGUUGUAGAUGCGCUUAAUCUUUGCACUUAUUUAAACAAACCUGGGAAGAAGUGUGUGCUUCUCAGGCCAAAGGGAGGAAAUAAAAUGCUUCAAUUAAAAGUGCUGUCCUUGGUCAUGGAGAAAGGUUAGUUUUCACGAAGCUGUGGCUGAUGAAACCCUGUAUCACCUGUAGGUCAGAGAGGGACUGAGUAGGACUUAAAAAAGUAUUAAUUAUGUUAGUACUUUAGCUCUAUCAGUGGAACUCAUAUGGUAACUAGGUAGCCUCCAGUAGAAAAUAAAGAUCCUUGUUGGUUGUUUGAUAACAGCAGGACUCUGAGUAGGACUUGUUGUUGUGGAUCUUCUUAAUUAAUUAUACUAGUAUUUUAGCUCUAUCAUAUGGUGUCAUAUGUAGCCUCAAGUAGAAAAUAAAUAUCCUUGUUGGUUGUUAAUAACAGAGAAACAGGCUUCACUGAACCAUUUUCCUUAAUAGCUGCAUAAUUCCGGCAUAAUUAUUUAAUGACACAGCCAUGUCACAGUCUGUUUUAUUAACACCCAUUACACUUUCAUAACCCUGACCUUCUACUGUCAGGAGGAACACCUGCACUCUGACAGUAGCUAGGUUAGCUGUGUGUUUCAUAAUGGAAGUCUAUUUAAAACCAGGGAUCGAAUCAUGAGGGUGUGUUGAGCUGGAGGUACAGGGUUCUCCCAUAGCAGACCAGGGAACUCUCAUCAACAUAGAGAUACUAACAUGGAAACGUCAUUGUCCAGACCAAUAUAGGCACACUGUAGUGUGGGAGUCUCCAAGAGUCAAUGUGUAUUGAACCAUGUAAUGUCAUAUGUAAUGUUAUAUGUUUUGAUCAUAUUGUUGUGUGUGAUCCCCACAGAAGCACAAGGUGGACCUGUUCCACAAGCUGCGUCAUGUGAUGAAUGAGCUCAUCGACCUGCGCCGGCAGCUCAUCCAGGGUCAGCUGGCCCAGGACCAGACCAGAGAGAUCAAACGCCACAUCACUGUGCGCCUGGACUGGGGCAACGAGUGAGUUACUGUACUGUAUCGCAUGGGCAAGAGCCCAUAUUGAGUGUGAGCGCGUGUGUGUAUAAUACUGUAUCAUGAUACAGUAUAUAAUGUAGUAAUGACACAGUCAUUUAGCAGAUGCGUUUAUCCAAAGAUAAUUCUAGUUAAUGCAGUACUUAUCAGAGUACUUAUGCGGUACUCUGUAGUUGGCCCCAAGGGGAAUGGAAUUGAUCCCAGGUCCUUGGUGUUGCCAGCACCAUGCUCUAUCCAUCCUACGGAUGUUCCUAUGUUGUGCUCCUAUCUUUUUAAAGUUGGGAGCACCAGUGCUACCAAUGAAAAUGGUAAUUUAGAGCCCUGGACAUGACGCUGUGCUGUUGAUGAGAACAUUGUCAACAUCAGAUAUAAAUUCCCGCUGUGCCCAUAGAGGAAGCAAUGUGAAUUAUAUUGUGCUUACUGAAUGAAGUAAAGUGAGCUAUCCAUUCACACCAGCCUUACUGAUUGAUCCUACGUUAUCAACUACAUUAGUAGCCACCCGUAGAGAGAGCUCUAUGGGCUCCGUCCUCAUCAUCCAAGGAAGAGCUUUAAAUUAAAAGGCCAUCUGUUGGGUCAACUUGAACUUUUCCCUUAAUCUUAGUUAAAUGGAUUUGGGUGAACUUAAAAUAUUUUAUAUAUAUAUAUUUAGCUAAACUGCAUACAACAUAAAAACACUCUUUACUUUGGAAAGUUGUAUGAAUGUUAACAUGCUGCCAAUUAGCUAAAUAGUUGUUCAGACAGUGCUUAUUAAUGAGGGGUAUUUUUUAGAUGAGGUAAUGCUUUUUUAAAUAAAUGUUUUGAAAAGUCAGUUUUCAGUUUUGUGUUUAAUUGGAUGGUUAAUGUUAUGAUUUGAGGACCCCCGUCUCUGUGUCUCUCUCUCUCUCUCUCUCUCUCUCUCUCUCUCUCUCUCUCUCUCUCUCUCUCUCUCUCUCUCUCUCUCUCUCUCUCUCUCUCUCUCUCUUUCUCUCUCUCUCUCUCUCACUCUCUCUCUCUCUCUCUCUCUCUCACUCUCUCUCUCUCUCUCUCAAUAGGCACCUUGGCUUGGACCUUGUUCCUAGAAAGGAGUUUGAAAUGGUGGAUCCGGAUAAUAUCAGUGUAUCUGAACUCUACAAAAUGGUACGGUCAACAUGGGAAACUCUUUCUGUAAUUGGUGCAUUCUGUACAUGGCCAUACUAUGUGGGUGUUAGGUGUGAAUGAAAAUGUAUUACACAUCGUUACCUCUCAAAACCCCCUGGCCAUUAAGAGAACAGUGACCCUCAAAAUGCAGGUCAUUAAUAUUUUUCUAGAGGCAGCUCUGCAGAGUGGUCACUAGCUGGCACAGCCACAAAGGUAUAACAUCUGAUUUUAAACCCAACCCUAACCCUAACCACACUGCUAACCCUAAUGCCUAACCUUAAUUUAAGACCAAAAAGUAAAUUUUUGUUUUCAUGAAUAUUUACAAUAUAGAUAUACGUUUUUUGACUUUGCAGCUCAGUUCUGCCUCCAGGACUCAUCCCAAUAAACGUCAACCUGCCCUCAAGAUGUGCAUUUAUUAUGCAUUGUUAUACAUGCAUAGUGUACUUCCACAGAUAUGACUUGUUUGUGUGAUAGUAUUCUAAUAGAAGUGUGUGGGUGUGAAUUAUUUAUUUGUAUGUUACACUGACACAGACAGAGUGUUUAUGCAAAUGCAGUUGGAAUCUGUUUGUGUGUGCGUGUGUGUGUGUGCGCGUGCAUGUGUAUAUGUGUGUGUGCUAUAUGAUUUUGUGUGUGUCUGCCUUCUUGUGAAUGUGUAAAUGUGUGUGUGUGUGUCUUGUAUGCAUUUUCUGAGUGAGGGUGUUUUUGAGUGCGCGUGUGUGUGUGAGGGAAUGUGCCGAUUUAUCAAAUCAUCCAUAGGAAGGUGACUCACGAGAGGCGUGACUCAGCUGUUGUGGAUCUAACCAUUUCAUCCCCCCUAUUCUUUAAGCUCACGUUGCUGUCAUCUUCAGUGUGUCCCUCUCCCAGUGCGCACUUGACUCUCACAAGCGAGAAUGUACUGUGACAACCUAGGAGAGGUUUUGUAAAAACACACACGUUGGGUUAUUGUAAAUUAAUUACAUUUUACAGUCUAGGUUACGUAAACUAAUCCCAUCUCCAGUUAAGACAUAAUAAAUAAGUUAUUUCCUAAAUGUUCUCUUGGGAUUUGGAAUAAGCUGUAGUAAAGUAGGAGGGAGUUCUAAACUAAGUGUACACCUCCAGUGAAAGGAGAAUAGAAUUACUCAGCCAGAUCCAGAAUUAGCAAAGUGUAAUCACUGCUCAGAGCAGACGCCCAUGUCAUGUUUUGGGGGAAGCCAUCUUGGAAAUGGGAGCCCCAGUCUGACCAAUAGUAGAGGGUCCAAGUGCCCAGCAGUCGCCUAUUAUUACUGUGCCGUUUUUCUCGGCUUUGCAGGAAGAUUGUUAGUGCAGUAAGUGCUUGGCCCAGAAACAACAGCGUGGCGCAUCCCUGCCAAAAAGCCUCCUCACUCUGUCGAUGAAAGUGAGCUUGUUUUUGGCAGGAUACCCAGGCCUUGGCACCUCUUCAGGCAGGAGUAAAGGAGAUCUCUAAGGUUGCAGAGUACAGAGGUGUGUGUGGGACUAUAUGUGUGUGUGUGUAGGUGAUACCUGCUUUGUCCUCUUGUUUCCAACGGGCUAACGUUCUACCUUGUGGGCUUAUUUUAGGGAUACAGCUCACUGAAGCAGCCUCUUGGCAAAAUUGGUGGGCGCCUUUUUAUCAGAUUUCAUGCAUCUAUCGCACUGUACUAUACAACAGCUGUGGGUUCUUUGUGAGGCCGAUUUGAGGUGUACAAACAGAACUACCGGUAAUGUAUUGAUCAUGAGUAAGAAGACAAUAAAAUGGGUUGACUAAACUGAAAUCUCUCUCUCUUUCCCUCUGUGUACCCCACAGCAUGCAUCCAGCCGACACAGUGGCCAGCCAAGCACAAACCAGGUAUGACCUGACUAAAAUCUGCUAUGCAGUAGCUAGAUAACCAGUUGAGAUGCAGACAUUUAUUUAAAAUUUCAAAAUUCACAUGUAAUGGAUUUUAUCCACAAUGUAUGAGGUGGGGGAAAAUGUUGGUGGUUGGGUUCCCCCAUGUCAGUUCCAAAAGGGCCCCCAUUUUAGUUUGGGCUGAUAGAAUGUCCCCGUAUCAAAUCUUUUUCAUGUUCUCAUUUUUCUUUCUUGUGUCUCACAAAGGGGACAGUUGAAGUUUUAAGUUUACAUACACCCCUUUCCCAAAAACUUUUAAAAAUCGUUUUUUCCCCAAUUUUCCUUUCAUUUUAAAAUCCCCGUAAAAACCCCUGUCCUUUGGUCUGGGGAGGGUCAAACCAUUUAUUUUUAAAAUGGAAGUCAAAAAUAGUAGAGAAAUGUUCCCCCUGCGUCCAAAAUUUACCUACACCCAAUUUUUGUAUUUGGUACAUUGCCUUUUAAAAUUUUUUUAAAUUGGGGCAAACGUUCGGUAGCCUUUUCCCCAAACUUUUCCCCCAAAAAAUUGGGGGAAUUUUGGGCCCCUUCCUCCUGACAGAGCUUUUGGGGAACUCUCAGGUUUUUUAGGCCCCCUUGCUUUGCCACGCUUUUUCAAAUUUUUGCCCACCCCUUUUCUAUAGGAUUUUAGGUCAGGGCUUUUUUGAUGGGCCCCUCCAAUACAUUUACUUUUUUGUCCUUUAAAACCCUUUUGCCCACCCCAAAUUUUUGGGGGUAUGCUUGGGGGGCUUGUCCAUUUUUGGGGACCCUUUUUUUUCGACCCCUUUACUCCUGACUGAUGUCUUUUAGAUGUUGGGUUUUAAUAUAUCCAAAAAUAUAAUAUUUUCCUCCCUCAUUAUUUUCCAUCUAUUUUGUUGGGAAUGCAAACCCUCCCCCCUGCGGGAAAGCCCAAAAAACCCCCCAAACAGAUGCUGGGCCCCCCCCCCGUGCUUCACUUUUUGGGUGGUGGGUUUUUCUUUUUUGCAAAACAACCCACUUUUUUUCCUUUCCCAAAAAUAAAAGAUGGUCAUGAUGGCCCCAAAAAGGUCCUUUUUUUUUUCUUUUUUCAGAAAAAUAGCCCCGAGGACAUUUUUUUUCCCAAAAAAUAUGUCUUUGUCCCCUGUGCAUUUUCAAAAAAACCGGGUUUUGUCUGGGUUUUUUAAUGGGGGGUUUUUUGGGGCAAAUUUUUUUUUUUUUCCCUUUCGGGGCGGCCCUUUCCGGGUUUGGGCCCCCCCAGGGCCCCUUUUUCCCCCCCUUUUUGGUUACCCUUUUUUCCCCGGUUUUUCCCCCACCCGCCCCCUUUUCCCCCCCGGGCCUUUUUCUGUUGUUCUGGGGAUUAUUUUGCCCCAACCCUUUUCCCCACCAAAAAGUACUUUUAUCUCUAGGAGCAGAACGCGUCUUCCCCUUUCCCGACGGUAUGAGGGCCGUGUUGGGCCCAUGGGGUUUUAUAUUUUCCGGGACAUUGUUUUUUAACAGAUAAAAGGGGACCUUCAAAGGCCCUUUGGAAAUUGCUCCCCAAAGGGUGAAACCCGAAAUUUUGGAGGUCUACUAUUUCUUUUCUGAGGUCUUGGCUGAUUUCUUUUUAAAUUUUUUAGAUUUCAAACAAAGAGGCACUGGGGGUUUUUAAGGGGGGAAACCUUGAAAUACAUCCCCAGGGACCCUCCCAAAUUUAAAUCCAAAGGUGUCAAUUUGCCUAUCAAAGCCCUUUUAAAGCCCCGGGCCCUCAUUUUCUGGAAUUUUUCCCAAACUUUUUAAAAGACACAUUUAACCCUUUUUGUAUUAAAAUUUUGACCCACUGGGAAAGGAUACCUUUUUUUAAAAAGUGAAAUAAUCUUUCUGUAGCAAUUGUUUGGAAAAAAACUUGUUCAUGCCAAAGUAGAGGCCUAAACCCACUUGCCAAAAAAUAAAUUUUUUUAAAAAAACGACAUUUGUGGAGUGGUUUAAAAAAAAGUUUUUUUAAAGACUCCAACCUAAUUUUAUGUAAACUUUUUCCCACCCUUUAAAUUUAUUCCCCUGUAGCAUAAUUGGGGUCACCCGAAUUUCCCUCAUCUUGUCCCCUUGGGUUUCCCUACCCUUCUCCCUUUUUUUUUCUAUUGCUAAUUCACCCCCUCACUUUUUUUUCUCUCUCCUUUUCCCCCUGUGACUCUAUCCCUCAUCCAUGCCCGUCGGGCCCCUUCCCCCCCCGCACUCUGACUAUGUCCCCUUUAAAUACCCCUCUAUUCCUUUCCCCCCCCCUCCCCCUCUUUCCCCUCUCUUUUUAUUUUUUCUCCUCCUCUUUUUUUCCCCUCUGGCCCCUUUUUCCUUCUCAAACCCCCUCCCCCCUCUCUUUCCCCUUUCCCCCCCCCUCUUUUCUUCCCUUCCUCCCUCCCUUUUCCCCCCUUUCCCCCCCCCUUUCCCCUCCCCCUUUUUUUCCCUCCCUUUCCUUUUCCCCCCCCUACCCUCCUUUUCUCCCCCCUUUCCCUCCCUUCCCCGGCCCACAAACUCCUACAAACUGCUUCGGGGGGGAGGGUUUGGUCGAUCAGGAGGGGGAACCAGGCGGGGUUUUUAAACAGGGCUCUUCCUCACAAGAAAAAAAUGGGGUUUUUCCCUGAUGUCUCCAAAGCCCCGGGAGGGUUGGGGGGUUUGGGGGGGGUUGGUAGGGGAUAGGGGGGGAGAGGUUGGGUGUAGUUGGUAGGGGAUGGGGUAAGGGGUUUGGUGUGUUUGGGAGGGGAUUUUUGGGGGAGGGGUUAGGGGGUUGUUUUUUAGGGUUGGGGUAGGGGUUUGGGGUUUAGGAGGGGUGGGGGUUUUAUGGGUUGGGGUGGAGGUAGGGGAUUUGGGAUUUGGGGUUAAAGGGGGAGGGGUAUGGGUAGGGAGUAAGGGGGUUUGGGUGUAGUUGUAGGGGAUGGGGGGUAGGGUUUGGGUUUAAUUUGGUGGGUUGGGUUGGGGUUUGGGGGGGUGUUUGGGGUGGGAGUGGGGGUUUGGGUUACUGGGGAGGUAGGGGUACGGUUGGGUGUGGGAGGUGGGGUAGGGAAGGGGGUGGGAGUCGGGGUUUUUGGGGGUUUUGGGGGGAGUGGGGGGGGUUGGGGGUAGGGGGGGUUUUUUGGGGUUUUUUAUUUUUUUAUUGGGGUUUUUUGGGGUUUUUUUUGGUUUUUUGCUUAUUUUUUUUGGGGUUUUUUUUUUAUUUUUUUAGGGGGGGUUUUUUUUUUUUUUUGGGGGGUUAAAUUUUGGGGUUUUUUAUUUUUUUUUUUUUUUUUUUCUUUUUGGGGGUUGGGUUUUUGGGGGGUUUUGGGUUUGGGCUUUUUUCUUUUUUUUUUUUCUUUUGGGGUUUUGGGGGUUUAUUUUUUUUUUGGGUUUUUUGGGGGAAUUUUUUUUUUUGGAGGGUUUUUUUUUGGGUGUUAAAAGUUUUGGAAGAUUUUUUUUUUGGUUUUUUUUUUUUAAAGGUUAGGGUUUUUUGGCCCCCCUUUUUUUUUUUUUGGGAAAGGGGUGGGGAUUUUUUUUUUUUUUUUGGGUUUGGGUGGUUUGGUGUUUUUUUUUUUUGGUUUUUUUUUUUUUUGGUUUUUUUUUUUUAAGGAUAGGGGUUUUGGGUUAGGGUUAGGGUGUGGGGUAGGGGUUAAGGGGGUGGGGUUUUGGUUGUUGGAUUUUAAAGGGUUUUUGGUGUAAAAGGGAGGGGGGUAGGGGUGGGGGGUUUUUGGGGGUAGGAUAGGGGGUUUGGGGGGGGGGGGGGGUUUUUGGGGGUAGGGUAGGGGUAGGGGGUUUUGAGUAGGGGUUUGGGGGUAGGGGGUAGGGAGGGAGGGGUUUUGGGUUUAGGAGGAGGGGUUAGGUUUUAGCGGUACGGAUAGGGGUUUUGGGGUUGGGGGUUUUUAAAUUUUUUGGGUUUAGGGUUAGGUUUAAUUUUUGGAAAUUUUUUUUGGGUUUAUGGGCUGGAUUUUAAUUUUUUUUGGGUUUUUUAAUUUUUUUUUGGGGGGUUUUUUUUUUUUGGAUUUUUUUUUUUUUGGGGGUAGGGGUGGGGUGGGGUUGGUUUUGGGGUUGGGGUUUUUUGGGUGUUGGGGGGGGUGGGGUUGGUUGUUGGGGUGGGGUUGGGGGGGGGGUGUUCUUUGGGGGGGUUGGGGGGUUGGGUGUGGGGUGGGGGGGGGUUUGGGUGGGGGUUGGGGUUGGGUUGGGGGGGGGUGGGGGGGUUGGGGUUGGGUGGGGUGGGGGUUGGGGUGGGUUGGGGGGGGGGUGGGGGGUUGGGGUAGGGGGUUUGGGGGUGGGCUCGGUGUGGGGUGGGUUGGGGGGGUCGGGUGGGUGGGGUGGGUGGGGAGGGGGGUUUUGGGUGUGGGGUGGGGUGGGGUUUGGUUGGGGGGUGGGGUGGGGGGUUGGGGGGUUUAAUUGGGUUGGGGGUUUUUUUUAAGGUAAUUGGGGUUAGGUUUUUAGGAAAAGGGAAAGGGGAAAAAAAGGGGUUUUAGGGUAGGGAAAAAAGGAGUAUGGGUUAGGGGUGGGGGUAAGGGGGAAUUUAAGGGGUUUAGGGUAAGGGGGGGGUUAGGGGGGUAGGGUUAGGUUUUCGGGAGGGGUUUGGGUUAGGGAGGGAGGGGGGGUAGAGGGGAGGGAAGGGGAUAGGGAGUAGGGGUUUUGGGUGUAGGGGGGGGGUUUGGGAGUAGGGUUAGGGGUAGGGAAAAGGGAGGGGAGGGGUUUGGGGUUAGGGUUUUAGGAUUUUGGGGUGUUUGGGAGGGUUUCUUUUCAAAUUUGGGUUCCCCCGGGGGCCCAUUCUUUUUUUUAUUUUAUUUUGUUUAAUUUUUUUUUUUCCCCUUUUCCAGGGUCGGGGUUCCCCUGGGUUGGGGGGGUGGGCCGGGGUUUUUUCGGGGGCCCUUUUUUCCGGGGGGCCGGGGUUGGGCCCUGGGGUUAAAAAAUUGGGUUGGGGUGGGGUGGGGAAAAGGGUGUGGGGGGAGGGGGUGGGGUGGGGGGUGGGUUUGGGUGUGGCGGUGGGGGGGGUUUUGGGUUUUAGGGGCGGGGGGGGGUUAGGGGUGUUUUAAAAGGUUUUGGGGGGAUAAAAAUUUUAAAAUAGAAAAUUUUGGGUGUAUUUGGGGAGGGGUUUGGGGGUUAGGGGGUUUAAAGGGUGGAAAUUGGGGAAGGGGUAGGGAGUAGGGGGUUUGGUGUUUUGGGGGGGGUAAAGGGGUUUUGGGUUUAGGGGGUUUGGGGGGGAGGAGUAGGGUUAGGGGUGUGUGGUUUAGGGGUGUUUUUUGGUUUUUGGGGAAAAAUAGGGGUUUUUAAAGGGUUUUAAGGGGGGUAGGGAUUUUGGGGCCCCUUCGGGUUGGGUGUUUGGGGGGGGUUGGGGUGGGGUUGGGGUGUUGGGGGGUGGGGUUGGGGUGGGGGUUCGGGUUCGAAUGUCGGGUUGGGGUCGGGGUUUGGGGUUGGUUUCGGGCCGGGUCGGGGGGUCGGGUUCGGGUGGGGUUGGUCGGGUUUUUGGCGGGCGGGGUCGGGCUGGGCGUUGGGUUCGGGGGUCGGGGUCGGGCUUCCGGGUUUUGGGGUCCGCGGUCGGGGGUUUGGGGUUUGGCGGCGGGGUUUGGGCUCGGGGGUUUGGGGGUCGGGGUUUGGGUUCGGGGUUUUGUGGGGGUCGGCCCCGGGGUUCGGGGUUGUGUUUCCGGGGGCCCGGGGGGGUGAUUUUAAGGGGGAGGAGUGGGUUGGGUUUGGCCCAGGGUUUGGUGGGGUUGGGGGUUUUGGGGUUGGGUUGGGGGUUGGGGGUUUUUUGGUGGGGUCGGGGUAGGGGGUUUAAGGUUCCCGGGUCGGGGCUGGGGGUUUGGGUGUCGGCCCGGGCGGGGGUCGGGGUUUUUGGGGGGGUCGGGGUUUGUGUUGGGGGGCGGGCGGGGGGUUUUGGGUUGGGGUUUGGGGGCGGGUUUGGGUUCGGUUUGGGCGGGGGCCCCCCCGGGGCCUUUUGUUGUUGGGUUUUUUUAGGGAAGGGGAUUUUUAAAAGGGGGGGUAAAAGGGGGGUUAGGGUUUAAGGGAAAGGGGUUUGGGGGUAGGAGGUUGGGGGAGGGGUAGGGGAUAAGGGGGGGGAAGGGUUGGGUGGGGAUAGGGGUAGGGGAAGGGUGUAGGGUAAUGGAUAGGUAAUAGGGAUUUGGGGGUAGGAGGGGGGUUGGGGUGGGGGGUUGGGGGGGGGUGUGGGGGGUUGGGGUUGGGGGAUGGGGGGUGGGGGGGUGGGUGUGGGGUUGGGUGGGGGGGGGGUGGGGGAGGUUUGGGUUUGGGUUUUUUGGGGGUUGGGUGGGUGGGUGGGGGGGGUUGGGGGGUUUGGGGGGGUUUUGGUUGGGUUGGGUUGGGGGGGGGUUUGGGUGUGGGGUUUGGGGGUUUUUGGGGGUUGGGGUGGGGGGGGUUGGGGUUUUGGUUUUGGGUUUUGGGGUUUUUUGGGUUUUGGUUUUUUUUUUUUUGGAGGUUUUGGGUUAGGGUGUUUUUUGGGGGUGGGGUUUGUUUUUGGGGGGGUGGGCCUCGGGGUUUCCCCGGGGGUCGUUGGUCGGGGCCCCGGGGUUCGGGUUCCCGGGGUUUUCCUUUGGGGCGGGGUCUUUUGGGUUUCGGCGGGCGCUGUCGGCGGUCCCGGGGGCGGGGGCGGGGGGGGUUCGGGGUUGGGCCCGGGGGCGGGGGCGGGGGCGUUCCUGGGGGGUUUGGGUGUCCGGGGGUCGGGUUUGGGUGUGGGGUUUCCCCGGUUUUUCGGGGCCCCGGUCCGGCGUCGGGGCUUUCGGGUUUCGGCGGUCGGGGUUCGGGCGUCGGGGUUUGGGCGCCGGGGGCUGGGGUUGGGGCGGGGGGUUUUGGGCGGGGCUCGGGCCUCGGGGUCGGGUGUCCGGCCGGGGGUUGGGGGGGUUUGGGCGUCGGGGGUCCGGGGGGUCGCGGUCGGGGGCCCCCCGGGGCUCGUGCGUCGGGGUUCGGGGGUCGGGGCUUUCCCGGGGGGGUCCCUCGGGGGCUUUGGCUUCUGGGGGUCGGCCCGGGCGGGUUUGGGCGUCGGGGGGGGCUCCCGGGGGGCGGGUGUCGGGCGGGGGUGCGUCGGGCCCGGGCGGGGUUCCCGGGUUUUGGGCCCCGGGUUUGGGGUUCCUGGCUCAGGGGUUUGGGGCGGGGUUCCCCCCGGGGGUCGGCGGUCGGGGUUUUGGGGGGGGGUCGGGGGGGGGUUCCGGUUGGUUUUUUGGUUUUUGGGGGUCCCCGGGUUUUUCCCGUUUUGCCGGGGGGGGGUUUUUGGGGGGGGGUCGGGGGUUUGGUUUUGGGCUCGGGGGGGGGGGGGGGUCGGGUUUUGUCGGGGCGGUUUCUUUUUUCCCGGGGUUUUGGGGCCCCUUUUUUUUUUCCGGUUUUUGGUUUUUUCCCGGGGGUGUUCGGUUUUUAGGGGUUUUGGGGGGUUCUUUAGAAAGGGCCUUUUAAAACCCCGGGGUUUGGGGGUUGGGUGGGGUUUGGGGGGGGGGGGUUUUUAGGGGUGGGGGGGUUUUGGGUUAUUUUGGGGUAGGAAAUUUCGUGGGGGUAGUUUGGGGGGGUGGGCGUUGGGGUUGGUUUUGGGGUUUUGGGGACCGGGGGGCUCGGGGGGGCUUCGGGUUCGGGUUUUGGUUUUGGGGGCGGGUUUUGGGCGGGGCGGGGUUCGGGGGUGUUUGUUGGGUCGGGGGGGCUCGGGCCUUCGGUGUUCGUUUUUUUUUCGGGGUUCGCGGGGUCCGUGGGGUUCGGGUGUCGUUUUCUUCGGGGCUUUUUUCCGGGGGUCCUGGGGUUUCCGGGCCCGGGGGGUUUUGGGGUUGGGGCGGGGGCUUUUGGGGGUGGGGGUUUGGGGUUCGGGGCUUUUUUGGGGGCUGGGGUUCCGGUUUUUGGUCGGGGCUCCGGGGGGCGUCUGGGGGGCCGGGGCGGGGGGUUUUUUCCGGGCGGGUUUUGGGGGUUUGGGGUUUUUCGUUGGGUUUUUCGGGGUUGGUUGUUUCCUAGGGGUGGUUUACGGUCGGGUUUCGGGGGGUAGGGGGUUCCCCCGGGUGGGGUGGGGUCGGUCGGGGUGGGACCGGGGGCUUGGGGGUUGGGGUAGGGUUUUUCGGGGGGGUGUGGGGUCGGGGUUCCCUGGUUAGGGUUGGGGUUUGGGGGGGGUUGGGCUUGGGUGGGUUUUCCCGGGUUUGUGUUGGUGGGGGGGUUGGGGUUCGGGGGUGGGGUUGGUUGGGGGAGGGUUGGGGUUGGGGGUGGAGGUGGGGUUUUGGGGCGGGGGGGGUGGGGUUUGGGUUGGGGGUUUUUUUGGGGUUGGGGUGGGGUUUGGGGUUUUGGGGGGCUAAGGGUUGGGGUAAAAAUGUGGGGUUCGGGGGUUCGGGUGUGUCCGUUCGUUUGGGGCUUCUUGGGGGUUUGGGGUCGUUUCGGGGCUUUGGGGUCCCCGGGGGUCGGGGGUCGGGUCCCGGGGCCCCCGGGCGUUUUUGGGGGGUUUGGGGUGGGGCCGGGUCGGGGUUGGGGUCGUUCGGUGCCUCGGGGUCGGGGUUUGUGUUGUCGCGGUUUUGGCCUGGGGGUUUUUCCUCGGGGGUUCCCGGAGGGGGUCCCUCGGGUUUUGGGGGUUCCGGGGCGUAGGGGUUAGGGGUGGGGUUGGGUUUUUCGUCGGUUUUGGUUUUCGGGGGGUCGGCCGGGGGGCCUCCCGGGGGUUCGGGUUUGGGGUGUCGUCUGCGGGGUUUCCCGGGGUUGGGGGUUUUUGGGGGGUUUGGGGUCGGGGUUUGGGGGUUUUGGGCGUUCCGGGGUCGGGUUUCGGGCGGGCGCGCUGGUUUGGGUUGGGUUUCCGGGGUCGGCCCGGUUGGGUUCGCUCGGGGUUUUGGGGUUUUUCGGGCGGUUUUUUUUUUUUGGUUAGGGUUGGUUUUUUUUUUUUUUUUGGUUUUUUUUUUUUUUUUUUUUUUUUUUUUUUUUUUUGGGAAAAGGAAGGUCCAGAAAAAAAUGGCUUGGGGGUUUUUCAUUUUUAAAGGGGUGAAAUUAAAUUUAAGGGGGAAAGCAGAUGUUUUUAAAAGGGCAAAACCCGUUUUCAAUAAACCCAUUGGGGGCAAAACCCGACUCAGUCCAAAAUGCUCACCACCAGAUGUUUCACUUGAAAGUAACCCUCAGCAGGAGUAAGGCCUGUACUGAAGAGAAUGUAGGCCAGGUGUUUCCUACUUUCCACAACAUGUGGGUCAGAGGCUUAAAGAGAUUCUCCGGUGCUUUUGUAUACUUUAUAGCCAGUAGGUCAGACAGUAGCACCCACGAGCCAAAAGUGGUCCCCGAAAAUUGCGUAACACGUCACAUAUACACUACCGGUCAAAAGUUUUAGAACACCUACUCAUUCAAGAGUUUUUCUACAUUGUAGAAUAAUAGUGAAGACAUCAAAACUAUUAAAUAACACAUAUGGAAUCAUGUAGUAACCAAAAAAGUGUUAAAUAUAUUUUAUAUUUGAGAUUCUUCAAAUAGCCACCCUUUGCCUUGAUGACAACUUUGCACACUCUUGGCAUUCUCUCAACCAGCUUCAUGAGGUAGUCACCUGGAAUGCAUUUCAAUUAACAGGUGUGCCUUGUUAAAAGUUCAUUUGUGGAAUUUCUUUCCUUCUUAAUGCGUUUGAGUCAGUUGUAUUGUGACAAGGACUCCCGAGUGGCGAAGUGGUCUAAGGCACUGCAUCGCAGUGCUAGCUGUGCCACAGAGAUCCUGGUUCGAGUUCAGGCUCUGUCGCAGCCGGCCGCGACCGGGAGACCCAUGGGCGGCGCACAAUUGGUCCAGUGUCGUCCAAGGUAGGGGAGGGUUUGGCCGGCAGGGAUGUGGGUUCAUUUCCCACGGGGGGCCAGUAUGAAAACAAAAACAAAAACAAAAAAAUGAUGUAUGCAUUCACUAACUGUAAGUCGCUCUGGAUAAGAGCGUCUGCUAAAUGACUAAAAUGUAAAUGUAAAACAAGGUGGGGGGUAUACAGAAGAUAGUCCAUAAUAUGGCAAGAACAGCUGAAAUAAGCAAAGAGAAACCACAGUCCAUCGUUACUUUAAGACAUGAAGGUCAGUCAAUACAGAAAAUGUCAAGAACUUUGAAAGUUUCCCUUCUCUUUUUUUCUAUUCCUAAUUCACCCCAUCACUUUUUCUCUCUCCUUUCCUCGCUGUGACUCUAUCUCUCUAUCCAUGCUCCUGUCUGUCUCUUCCUCCCCCGCACUCUGACUAAUGUCCCUUAAAUACCCCUCUAUUCCUCCCUCCCCCUCUUUCUCUCUCUUUCAUUCUCUCUCUCCUCUCUUUCUCUCUGUCCCUUAUCCGUCUCCUCCCUCUCCCCUCUCUUCCUCUUUCCCCCCCUCUUGCUUCUUCCCUCCCUGCCUCCAUCCCCCCUCCCUGCCUCCAUCUCAAUUUGGUUGAGGUCGGGGGAUUGUGGAUGCAGCACUCCAUCACUCUCCUUCUUGGUAUAAUAGCCCUUACACAGCCUGGAGGUGUGUUGGGUCAUUGUCCUGUUGAAAAACAAAUGAUAGUCCCACUAAGCCCAAACCAGAUGGGAUGGCGUAUAUGUGUUAUUUAAUAGUUUUGAUGUCUUCACUAUUAUUCUACAAUGUAGAAAAUUGAGCCGUUGGGCCUGCCCUGCAACCUCAUUGGAUAAUGCUUGGCAGGCCUCUUGCUUGCUGUCACUCAAAUUCUAUCACUCAUUGGCUAUAACUCAAAUUACUAGGGGGCUGGCCCACGUAGGGGGGGGACAGCUUCAAGAAAUCAGUCGCUUUCAAACUAGGGAUUUCAUGGCUAAUUGAGGUAAAACAGUAAUUAUUCUCAUAGAUUAUCCAUGUAAGAACUACACAUUGACACAUCCAGCCCAAAGCGGGAGGUUAAAAAAAUACUUUCUUAGUUGCCAAAGUACCGGAGCAUGUCUUUAUACUGUGACCAUUUGUAAACAAACAACAGAGAUGAAGGGCCAUAAAGUGUAUGUAUGCGUGUGUAUGCGUGUGUGUGUGUGUGUGUGUGUGUGUGUGUGUGUGUGUGUAUGUGUGUCUCACAUGUUAUUUCAAUUUGUUUCAUAAUUCGGCAUCACUCUUUUAGGGCUCCAUUGAGAGAUUAAUACUACGGUGUGCAUACACCAAUACACACACACACACACACACACACACACACGCACACGCACACACGCACGCGCGCGCACGCACACACACACACACACACACACACACACACACACACACACACACACACACACACACACACACACACACCUCCACUUCCUUUAACUCCGAUUUAAAAUACCUCCCAAUACCCCUGUCAGUGACUCAUCUGUCUCUAAGGAAGUGAGUAAGAUAUAAAUAACAGUAAUCUGAUCUUAUAAAUAACUGCAAUAUCUUCUUUCACUGUAGUCAUUGAUAUCUUUUCCAUUAAGCACUGACUCACAUGGGGUGCUGAGACAGUUAUUAUGAGCUACUGUGUAUAUUAGAACUCAUGAGGGCCAUUUUUUAUUGACAAGAACAAUAAUGUUUGGUGUCAGCGCUGCAUCCUAAUUCAUAAUGUCCACACUCAUCUGAGCUACCACAGGAUUUCUUAGUCUCUCGAGCCAGACGGCUUACUUCCGCAAUCUUUGACUGCUACAGUUUAAGACAUUGCCUUCAGGCUUACGUAGCUGCAUGGUCGGGGAUAUCCCAGACUUAGGAUCACUUGGGGCUGAGGUAAAUUAUAGAAGAAGGAGUAUAAAGUAAAGAUAAACUAACAAUUCCAUGCUCAUGAAACAUUAAUUCGGUUUUGUCCUAGGCUUGGAACUUGUAGAGAUGUUAUUGUCUCGUGGGCAUUCUAAGGCCUGUUCCUCUGAACUGUACGGACACUGUAGAGAGAUAAUUCUCUAGAACAGAACACUGUCAUGGCUUGACUGUGUGUCCUUAUCCAAGGUGACACUCGUAAUGACCUGUACCUGACCCUGGAGCGAGGGGACUUUGAGAGGGGGGGCAAGAGUGUCCAGAAAAACAUUGAGGUCACUGUGUAUGUGCUUUACGCCGAUGGGGACACACUUAAGGUAAGAGAGAACAUUUCUGUUGGUUUGCGAUGAUGGAUCAACAUUGACAGACAGUACACAGUACACAUCUAUCCAUCGUAUCCUCAUUCAUGCAUAAUGCAUCUGCCAUCCAUCUCCAACCAUGCCAUCCAUCCACCAUCCAUCCACACCACCAUCAUCCAUCCAUCAUCCACCAUCCAUCCACAUCCAUCUAUCCAUCCAUCCAUCCAUCCAUCCAUCCAUCCAUCCAUCCAUCAUCCAUCCAUCCAUCCAUCCAUCCAUCAUCCAUCCAUCCAUCCAUCCAUCCAUCCAUCCAUCCAUCCAUUCUAAAGAGUGCCUGUCCUCUCUCUAUUCCCCACAUCAGGACUGUAUCAGUCUGGGUAGUGGGGAGCCCAACACCAGUGAGCACCGCUCCUUUGUCCUGUACCACAACAACAGCCCUCGCUGGAGUGAGAUGAUUAAACUACCCAUCCCCAUAGACCACUUCAGAGGAUCACACCUGCGCUUUGAGUUCCGACACUGUUCCAGUAUGUCAACAACACUGGACAGGAUUUAGAAAUACAGUUGUUAUUGUUACCAUUAUUACUAACUUGAUAGCAAUAGAGAAUUGUGUCUGUAUUGUUUAUGCUGUGUAGAUGGUAUAAACCUUACAGUAAUGCCUUUGUGCCUCUCCUCAGCUAAAGACAAAGGGGAGAAGAAGCUGUUUGGGUUUGCCUUCACUCCUCUGAUGAGGGAGGAUGGGACCACGCUGUCAGACGAGAGUCAUGAGCUCUAUGUCUAUAAGGUGGGGUCAUAGAUGACACAGACAUGCACACACAGGUUUGAAUAUAGCAUAUUCUACAUUAUUCUCUGUAAUUUCUAUCUAACACAUUUCUCUGUUGUGCCUCUGUUGCCCAGUGUGAUGAGAAUGCAACGUUCAGUAACCAGGGCCUGUACCUGAGCAUGCCCUGCUGUAAAGAGGACUUCAACAGCUGCCCCAACCUGCCCUCCACCCUGCCCUUCCAGAGGAACCCCAAGGAGACCUUCUGGGUCUCCACACAGCUCUGCUCCACCAAGCUCACUCAGAACGGUAAGGCCAGCUCACUACACUGUACUGUACAUCUCACCACACUCUAUAACAGAGCGUUGACUAGCCUUGCCUCCAUCUUUACCCAGAGCUUCACACAUGUUUUUGUGUCUAUUCUAUUCUAUUCUGCUCUGUUUCCAGUGGACCUCCUGGCUCUGCUGAACUGGAAAGCCCAUCCUGACAGGGUGUUAGACAUCCUGGGUCGACUACGCCACAUCAAUGGAGAGGAUAUUGUAAAGGUAACAUCUAGGAAAGACUCCUCUUUGUUGUUUGACCAAACACUAACAGAUCUAUGACUAGCCUAUGUUAUUGGGUUUGGGGAACUAUGAUGGUGUAAUGCACGUGUCAAACUCAUUCCAUGGAGGGCCUAGCGUCUGCGGGUUUUUGCUCCUCCCUUGUACUUGAUUGAUGAAUUAAGGUCACUAAUUAGUAAGGAACUCCCCUCACCUGGUGUUCUAGGUCUUAAUUGAAAAGAAAAACUAAAACCAGCAGACACUAGGCCCACCAUGGAAUGAGUUUGGCACCCCUGGUUUAAUGAUUGAGCUGGCUCCUCUCCCCUGCAGUUCCUACGAGAUGUCCUGGAUACACUAUUUUGUCUCCUGGAUGACAACACAGAUAAAUACGGACCACUGGUUUUCCAGUCAUUGGUAAGUCAAGAUGGAGAGAUCAACCUCAUUCAAUGUAAUGGAAUAUAGUGUAUGUGUGUGUUUAUGUAUGUGUGUGACUCAGAUGUGUGAGAGUGUGCAUGAUUGCAUGUGUGUGUGGCUGCAGCAUACUCACAUUUUCUCCAGUAUGGCGAAACCGUAUCUUCUGUUUUCCCAUCUGUCUGUCUGUCUGUCUGUCUGUCUGCCCUCAGGUGUUUAUCAUCAACCUGCUCAGGGACAGUCGUUUCUACCACUUCCGGCCUGUGAUGGAGGCCUACAUACAGAACCACUUUGCAGGAGCUCUGGCCUACAAGUAAUGUACCACUUCCACCAUUACAACGGGCUUCUAUGGUAUUUGAGAGGUCUUGAUGUUGGUAUCAUGUUGCUGAGUGGAACCCAUAGAAACUUUUGUUUAGCUAAUAAUUUAUUAUAUGACAUUAGUCUUGCUCUCUGCAAAAAUACAGAAAUACAGUCAGGUACAAAAUUAUUGGCACCCUUGAUAAAGAUGAGCAAAUAAGACUGUUUAAAAUAAAUAAUUCAUAUACUGAGCUAUAUUGCAUGCUCAAAAACAUUGGGAAAUUAUAUUAUUUUAUACUAAUACAAUUGCUCAGAGAAAGAGAUAAUACAAAAAAUUCUCAAAAAGUUAGGGGUCAAAAUGGUUGACACCCCUGUUUUCAAUACCGUUCAAUACCUCACCAUGUGAGGAUACCGGCACUAAGCCUUUUUCUAAAAUGUUUUUUUGAGGUGGAUUAUGUGUGGAGGAAGGGAUUUUAGACCCUUCCUCCAUACAGAAUCCUUCCAGAUCCUUGAUAUCCUUCAGCUGCACUUAUUGACUGCCUUUUUAAUUUCAAACCACAGGUUUUCAAUGGGUUUCAAGUCCGGAGACUGAGAUGGCCAUUGCAAAUGUUGAUUUUGUGGCCAAUUAACCAUUUCUUUGUAGAUUUUGAUGUGUGCUUGGGGUUAUUGUCUUGCAGGAAGAUCCACUUGUGGCCAACUUUCAGCCUCCUGGCAGAGGCAACCAGGUUUUUGGCUAAAAUGUCCUGGUACUGUUUAAAGUUCAUGCUGCUGUUGACCUUAAAAAGCAAAAUAGCCCCAUAACAUCAAAGAUCCAACACCAUAUUUUAAAGUAGGUAUGGGGUUAUUUUCUGCUCAUGCAUUCUCAUUUCGACGCCAAACCCACCACUGGUGUGCGUGGGCAAAGAGCUCUAUUUUCAUGUCAUCUGACCAAAGCACCGCUUCCAAUCCAAGUGCCAAUACCUUUUAGCAAACUCCAGGCAUUUACAUUUGUUGGAUGACACUGGGCACACAUUGGUUGAAUCAAUGUUUUCAACGUCAUUUCAAUGAAAUUGCAUUGAACCAAUGUGAAGUAGACAUUGAAUAGAGUGCUGAGUACCAGGCAGUUAGCAAGUUUGGUAGGCUACUAAUGACCAUCAGCAGCAUCAGAGCUUGGAGAAGCGUAAUUACCGUGACUAAAUGGUCACGUGGAAUUUGACGGCCUUCAUGACUCAUGACCGCCGGUGUGGCGGUAAUACGAUCACCGCAACAGCCCUACUCCUCAGUAAAAGGCACAUGACAGCCCGCUUGGAGUUUGCCAAAAUGCACCUAAAGGACUCACACCAUGAGAAACAAGAUUCUCUGGUCUGAUGAAACCAAGAUUUAACUAUUUUGCCUGAAUGCCAAGCGUCGCGUCUGGAGGAAACUUGGCACCAUCCCUACGGUGAAGCAUGGUGGUGGCAGCAUCAUGCUGUGGGGAUGUUUUUCAGCGGCAGGGACUGGGAGACUAGUCAGGAUCAAGGGAAAGAUGAACGGAGCAAAGUACAGAGAGAUCCUUGAUGAAAACCUGCUCCAAAGCGCUCAUGACCUCAGACUGGGGCAAAGGUUCACCUUCCAACAGGACAACGACCCUAGGCACACAGCCAAGACAACGUAGUAGUGGCUUCGGGACAAGUCUCUGAAUGUCCUUGAGUGGCCCAGCCAGAGCCCGGACUUGAACCCGAUCGAACAUCUCUGGAGAGACCUGAAAAUAGCUGUGCAGCGACUCUCCCCAUCCAACCUGACAGAGCUUGAGAGGAUCUGCAGAGAAGAAUGGGAAAAACUCCUCAAAUACAGGGGUACCAAGCUUGUAGCAUCAGAAGAGUCAGAAGAGUCAAGGCUGUAAUCUCUGCCAAAGGUGCUUCAACAAAGUACUGAGUAAAGGGUCUGAGUACUUAUGUAAAUGUGAUAUUUCAUUAUUAUUAUUUUUAACCUGUUUUUGCUUUGUCAUUAUGGGUUAUUGUGAGUAGAUUGAUGAGGAAAAAUAAUACUUUUAUCAAUUUUAGAAUAAGGCUGUAACGUAACAAAAUGUGGAAAAGUCGGAAUACUUUCUGAAUGCACUGUACAUGCUAGGAGCAUGUUAGGAGAUAUCAGCAUGCUAGGAUAUACCCAUAGACUUCCAUUAAUUGUGUAAAAGUAAAAGUGAAAGUCACCCAGUAAAAUACUACUUGAGUAAAAUACUAAAAGUAUUUGGUUUUUAAAUAUACUUAAGUAUCAAAAGUAAAUGUAAUUGCAAAAAUAUACUUAAGUAUCAAAAGUAUUUACAUUUACGUAAUUUAGCAGACGCUCUUAUCCAGAGUGACUUACAAAUGGGUGCAUUCACCUUAUAGCCAGUGGGAUAACCACUUUGCAAUGUUUACAUUUGUUUAUUUAUUUUUAUUUUUUUGGAGGGGGGGGUGGGGUGGGGUAAGGGGGGGGGUAGAAGGAUUACUUUAUCCUAUCCCAGGUAUUCCUUAAAGAGGUGGGGUUUCAAAUGUCUCCGGAAGGUGGUGAGUGACUCCGCUGUCCUGGCGUCGUGAGGGAGCUUGUUCCACCAUUGGGGUGCCAGAGCAGCGAACAGUAAAAGUAAAGGUAUAAAUCAUUUCAAAUGUUUUAUAUUAAGCAAACCAGAUGGCACAAUAUUCUUGUUUUUGUUAAUUUACGGAUAGCCAGGGGCACACUCCAAAACUCAGACAUAAUUUACAAAUGAAUAAUUUGUGUUUAGUGAGUCCGCUCGAUCAGAGGCAGUAGGGAGGACCAGGGAUAUUCUCUUGAUAAGUGUGGGAAUUUGACCAUUUUCCGGUCCUGCUAAGUAUUCAAAAUACUUAUAAUUUACUUUUGGGUGUCAGGAAUUUUUUUUUUUUUACAUUUACAUUUACGUCAUUUAGCAGACGCUCUUAUCCAGAGUGACUUACAAAUUGGUGCAUUCAACUUAGGAUAGCCAGUUGGACAACCACCCCCUUUUUUUCUUUUUUUUUUAUGAGGGGGGGGGGGGGGGGUUUCAAGUGUCUCCGGAAGGUGGUCAGUGACUCCGCUGUCGUGGGGGAGCUUGUUCCACCAUUGGGGUGCCAGAGCAGCGAAUAGCUUUGACUGGGCUGAGUGGGAACUGUGCUUCCGUAGAGGUAGGGGGGCUAGCAGGCCAGAGGUGGAUGAACGUAGUGCCUGAAGGUAAGGAGGUGCCGUUCCCCUCACAGCUCCAUAGGCAAGCACCAUGGUUUUGUAGUAGAUGCGAGCUUCAACUGGAAGCCAGUGGAGUGUGCGGAGGAGCGGGGUGACAUGAGAGAACUUGGGAAGGUUGAACACCAGAAGGGCAGCAGCGUUCUGGAUAAGUUGUAGGGGUUUAAUGGCACGGGCAGGGAGCCCAGCCAACAGCGAGUUGCAGUAAUCCAGAUGGGAGAUGACAAGUGCCUGGAUUAGGACCUGUGCCGCUUUCUGUGUAAGGUAGGGUCGUACUCUGCGAAUGUUGUAGAGCAUGAACCUGCAGGAUCGGGUCACCGCUUUGAUGUUAGCGGAGAACGACAGGGUGUUGUCCAGGGUCACGCCAAGGUUCUUUGCACUCUGGGAGGAGGACACAAUGGAGUUGUCAACCGUGAUGGCGAGAUCAUGGAGCGGGCAGUCCUUCCCCGGGAGGAAGAGCAGCUCCAUUUUGCCAAGGUUCAGCUUGAGGUGGUGAUCCGACAUCCACACUGAUAUGUCUGCCAGACAUGCAGAGAUGCGAUUCGCACCUGGUUAUCAGAAGGGGGAAAGGAGAAAAUGAAUUGUGUGUCAUCUGCGUAGCAAUGAUAGGAUAGACCAUGUGAGGAUAUGACAGAGCCAAGUGACUUGGUGUAUAGAGAGAAUAGGAGAGGUCCUAGAACUGAGCCCUGGGGGACACCAGUGGUGAGAGCACGUGCUGCGGAGACAGAUUCUCGCCACGCCACCUGGUAGGAGCGACCUGUCAGGUAGGACGCAAUGCAAGAGUGAGCAGCGCCGGAGAUGCCCAACUCGGAGAGGGUGGAGAGGAGGAUCUGAUGGUUCACAGUAUCAAAUGCAGCAGAUGGGUCUAGAAGGAUAAGAGCAGAGGAGAGAGAGUUAGCUUUAGCAGUGCAGAGAGCCUCCGUGACACAGAGAAGAGCAGUCUCAGUUGAAUGACCAGCCUUGAAGCCUGACUGGUUUGGAUCAACUGAGAGAGAUAGCAGGAGAGUUGGCUAGAGACGGCACGCUCAAGAGUUUUGGAGAGAAAAGAAAGAAGGGAUACUGGUCUGUAGUUGCUGACAUCGGAGGGAUCGAGUGUAGGUUUUUUGAGGAGGGGUGCAACUCUCGCUCUCUUGAAGAUGGAAGUGACAUAGCCAGCGGUCAAGGAUGAGUUGAUGAGCGAGGUGAGGUAAGGGAGAAGGUCUCCGGAAAUAGUCUGGAGAAGAGAGGAGGGGAUAGGGUCAAGCGGGCAGGUUGUUGGGCGGCCGGCCGUCACAAGUGGCAAGAUUUCAUCUGGAGAGAGAGGGGAGAAAAAAGUCAAAGCAUAGGGUAGGGCAGUGUGAGCAGGACCAGCGGUGUCAUUUGACUUAGUAAAUGAGGAUCGGAUGUCGUCAACCUUCUUUUCAAAAUGGUUGACGAAGUCAUCCACAGAGAGGGAGGAGUAAAAAGUACAUUAUUUUCUUUAGGAAUGUACUGAAGUAAAAGUAAAAGUUGUCAAAAAUAUAAAUAGUAAAGAUACCCCCAAAAAUGACUUAAGUAGUACUUUAAAGUAUUUUGCUUAAGUACUUUACGCCACUGCUUCUAACUUCCUUCAUACUGGACACAGAGACAUACAAAUGGUGUCCACGAGUUCAUCUGACUCUGGGGAAGUAAAUAAAGGGCCUCAUUGCCAAAAUCCCGAAGUAUCCCUUUAAGAUCAACAGCAGCAUGAACUUUACCCAGUACCAGGACAUUUAAGCCAAAAACCUGGUUGCCUCUGCCAGGAGGCUGAAACUUGGCCACAAGUGGAUCUUCCAGCAAGACAAUAACCCCAAGCACACAUCAAAAUCCACAAAGAAAUUGUUAUUUGGCCACAAAAUAAUUUUGCAAUGGCCAUCUCAGUCUCCGGACUUGAAACCCAUUGAAAACCUGUGGUUUGAAUUGAAGAGGGCAGUCCAUAAGUGUAGACAAAGGAUAUCAAGGAUCUGGAAGGAUUCUGUAUGGAGGAAGGGUCUAAGAUCCCUCCUAAUGUGUUCUCCAACUCAUAAAACUAAUCUAAAGCUUUAGACAGUGUAAUCUAAAGCCAUGGUGGAUCAGAGGAGGUUUCCAGAUGGAUGAAGACUAGGGAUAUCUUAUUACAGGGAAUCAUCAGUAUGUUAUGAUAUGUUUGCAUUGCAGAAUGUUGACAUUAAUAAUGAUUUGCUCUUUGAUGCUGUAGUGGUCAUGUAAAUGGAUAUUGUAUUACAAGGCCUAAAGAAAGGAACACAACCCAACUCAAACCACCACACCACACACACGUAAUAUAGUUGAAGUCGGAAGUUUACAGACACUUAGUUUGGAGUCAUUAAAACUAGUUUUUUAACCACUACACACAUUUCUUGUUAACAAACUAUAGUUUUGGCAAGUUGGUUAGGACAUCUACUUGGUGCAUGACACAAGUCAUUUUUCCAACAAUUGUUUACAGACAGAUUAUUUAACUUAUAAUUCACUGUAUCACAAUUCCAGUGGGUCAGAAGUGUACAUACACUAAGUUGACUGUGCCUUUAAACAGCUUGGUAAAUUCCAGAAAAUGAUGCCAUGGCUUUAGAAGCUUCUGAUAGGCUAAUUGACAUAAUUUGAGUCAAUUGGAGGUGUACCUGUGGAUGUAUUUCAAGACCUACCUUCAAACUCAAUGCCUCGUUGCUUGACAUCAUAGGAAAAUCAAAAGAAAUCAGCCAAGACCUCAGAAAAAGAAUUGUAGACCUCCACAAGUCUGGUUCAUCCUUGGGAGCAAUUUCCAAACGCCUGAAGGUACCACGUUCAUCUGUACAAACAAUAGUACCCAAGUAUAAACACCAUGGGACCAUGCAGCCAUCAUACCGCUCAGGAAGGAGACGCGUUCUGUCUCCUAGAGAUGAACGUACUUUGGUGCGAAAAGUGCAAAUCAAUCCUAGAACAACAGCAAAGGACCUUGUGAAGAUGCUGGAGGAAACAGGUACAAAAGUAUCUAUAUCCACAGUAAAACAAGUCUUAUAUCGACAUAACCUGAAAGGCCGCUCAGCAAGGAAGAAGCCACUGCUCCAAAACCGCCAUAAAAAAGCCAGACAACGGUUUGCACCUGCACAUGGGUACAAAGAUCGUACUUUUUGGAGAAAUGUCCUCUGGUCUGAUGAAACAAAAAUAGAACUGUUUGGCCAUAAUGACCAUCGUUAUGUUUGUAGGAAAAAGGGGGUAGCUUGCAAGCCGAAGAACACCAUCCCAACCGUGAAGCAUGGGGGUGGCAGCAUCAUGCUGUGGGGGUGCUUUGCUGCAGGAGGGACUGGGGCACUUCACAAAAUAGAUGGCAUCAUGAGGAAGGAAAGUUAUGUGGAUAUAUUGAAGUAACAUCUCAAGACAAAUGGGUCUUCCAAAUGGACAAUGACUUCAAGCAUACUUCCAAAGUUGUGGCAAAAUGGCUUAAGGACAACAAAGUCAAGGUAUUGGAGUGGCCAUCACAAAUCCCUGACCUCAAUCCUAUAGAAACUUUGUGGGCAGAACUGAAAAAGCGUGUGCAAGCAAGGAGGCCUACAAACCUGACUCAGUUACACCAGCUCUGUCAGGAGGAAUGGACCAAAAUUCACCCAACUUAUGGUGGGAAGCUUGUGGAAGGCUACCCGAAAUGUUUGACCCAAGUUAAACAAUUUAAAGGCAAUGCUACCAAAUACUAAUUAAUUGUGUGUGUAAACUUCUGACCCACUGGGAAUGUGAUGAAAUAAAUAAAAGCUGAAAUAAAUAAUUCUCUCUACUAUUAUUCUGACAUUUCACAUUCUUAAAAUAAAGCGGUGAUCCUAACUGAACUAAGACAGGGAAUUUCUACUAGGAUUAAAUGUCAGGAAUUGUGAAAAACUGAGUUUAAAUGUAUUUGGCUAAGGUGUAUGUAAACUUCCGACUUCAACUGUAUAUAAUAUCAAGAUAUCCAAUAUAGCUCAGUAUUUGAAUUAUUUAUUUUAUACAGUUAUUUUUGCUUAUCUUUAUCAAGGGUGCCAAUAAUGUUGGACCUGACUAUAUAUGACACCAGUGUACAUUUUCUUUGUCUUACAUGGCCAUGGGAAACCCCAUGUUUAACACUCUUUACUCUGUGUUCUUGUAGAGAGCUGAUUCGCUGUCUGAAGUGGUACAUGGACCGCUCUGCUGAGGUUGUCAGACAGGAUCACAUCCAGGAGGCCAUGAGGGUAAGGCUCACAUUACAUCACGUCUGUUGUCAGAAAGGACCACAUCCAGGAGGCCAUGAUGGUAAGGCUCACAUCACAACUGAGGUUGUUAGACAGGAUCACAUCCAGGAGGCCAUGAGGGUAAGGAUCACAUCACAUCUGUUGUCAGACAAGACCACAUCCAGGAGGCCAUGAGGGUAAGGCUCACAUCACAUCUGUUGUCAGACAGGACCACAUCCAGGAGGCCAUGAUGGUAAGGCUCACAUCACAUCUCACCUGAGGUUGUCAGACAGGACCACAUCCAGGAGGCCAUGAGGGUAAGGCUCACAUCACAUCACAUCUAAGGUGUUCAGGCAAGCCCACAUCCAGGAGGCCAUGAUGGUAAGGCUCACAUCACAUCACAUCUGUUGUCAGACAGGAUCAUAUCCAGGAGGCCAUGAGGGUAAGGCUCACAUCACAUCUGUUGUCAGACAGGACCACAUCCAGGAGGCCAUGAUGGUAAGGCUCAUAUCACAUCUCACCUGAGGUUGUCAGACAGGACCACAUCCAGGAGGCCAUGAGGGUAAGGCUCACAUCACAUCACAUCUAAGGUGUUCAGGCAAGCCCACAUCCAGGAGGCCAUGAGGGUAAGGCUCACAUCACAUCUAAGGUGGUCAGGCAAGCCCACAUCCAGGAGGCCAUGAGGGUAAGGCUCACAUUACAUCACAUCUAAGGUGGUCAGGCAAGCCCACAUCCAGGAGGCCAUGAGGGUAAGGCUCACAUCACAUCACAUCUAAGGUGUUCAGGCAAGCCCACAUCCAGGAGGCCAUGAUGGUAAGGCUCACAUCACAUCACAUCUGUUGUCAGACAGGAUCAUAUCCAGGAGGCCAUGAGGGUAAGGCUCACAUCACAUCUGUUGUCAGACAGAACCACAUCCAGGAGGCCAUGAUGGUAAGGCUCAUAUCACAUCUCACCUGAGGUUGUCAGACAGGACCACAUCCAGGAGGCCAUGAGGGUAAGGCUCACAUCACAUCACAUCUAAGGUGUUCAGGCAAGCCCACAUCCAGGAGGCCAUGAUGGUAAGGCUCACAUCACAUCUGUUGUCAGACAGGAUCACAUCCAUGAGGCCAUGAGGGUAAGGCUCACAUCACAUCACAUCUAAGGUGGUCAGGCAAGCCCACAUCCAGGAGGCCAUGAUGGUAAGGCUCACAUCACAUCACAUCUGUUGUCAGACAGGAUCACAUCCGGGAGGCCAUGAGGGUAAGGCUCACAUCACAUCUGAGGUUGUCAGACAGGACCACAUCCAGGAGGCCAUGAGGGUAAGGCUCACAUCACAUCACAUCUGUUGUCAGACAGGAUCACAUCCGGGAGGCCAUGAGGGUAAGGCUCACAUCACAUCUGAGGUUGUCAGACAGGACCACAUCCAGGAGGCUUGAGGGUAAGGCUCACAUCACAUCACAUCUGUUGUCAGACAGGAUCACAUCCAGGAGGCCAUGAGGGUAAGGCUCACAUCACAUCUGAGGUUGUCAGACAGGACCACAUCCAGGAGGCCAUGAGGGUAAGGCUCACAUCACAUCAGGCCAUGAGAGGAGGUCUGGACAAACAGAGUGAACCCACACACUGUUAGACACUCCCAACAUGCAUUUCUUUACCAAACAUGCAACGCUUAGACCUCACGCCUAUAGAUGAAAGGAAAUAUGACUUGAAUGUCAAAUAGGCAGUGUAAUCUAAAGCCAUGGUAGAUCAGGGGAGGUUUCCAAAUGGAUGAAGACUAGAGAUAUCUUAUGACAGGGAAUCAUCAAUAUGUAUUGAUAUGUUUGCAUUGCAGAAUACUGACAUUAAUUAUGAUACCGAGGUUUGCUCUUUGAUGCUGUAGUGGUCAUGUAAAGGGAUAUUGUAUUACAAGGCCUAAAGAAAGGAACACAACCCAACUCAAACCACCACACCACACAUAAUAUAAAGAUAAUUGUAUUUUAAAGGUAAUUGUACCUGUUCCGUCCUCUGUCCAACCUGCAGGCUCUGGAGUACCUGUUGAAGUUUAUCAUCCAGUCUCGGAUCCUGUACUCGCGGGCGACCUGUGGUAUGGAGGAGGAGCUGUUCAGAGCCAGCAUCCAGGAGCUCUUCCAGUCCAUCCGCUUUGUGUUGAGUCUGGACAGCCGCAGCUCUGAGACCCUCGUCUUCACACAGGUCAGAACAUCAGCACUUCCGGUCUGUCCCUAGCUUGUCUUUAUCCCAGAAGGCCGAGAUGUUAGAGUUCUUGACCUUGGGGAUUGCCCUCCUAUUCUACAUAGACAAAUCAGUGCAUUGUGACUGGACUAUUAUGAAUGUAUCAUCUCCUUAGUUCUAUAUUUGUGUUCAUUUUGCUUUGAUUCAAUUUAGUUAUUCAUUUAUCACUAAUUUGUCAUUGAUUUCAUGUAUUGUUUCAUUUCUAUCGGUUGCUUGCCUGUAAUGCACUUUAAAGGUCGACUCUGGGCACGAAAAACAGUCCAACUUCGCCUCUUUCACAAUUUUCAAACAGAAACGGGGUGUGCCUUUGGUUGUUUAUUGAUGUGUAAUUCUGGUCAUGCGCGCCAUGAUCAACGUAGCUAGUUCGUUAGCCAACUAUAGCCACUGUAGCUAGACAGUAACUCCUCCAGUAUGUGUUGAUGUCAUUUCACAGGAUUUGUUUUUGAACGGAAGCUGUAGAGAUCGGUAAGAAAUGGCACUUCUGUAGCCAAAUAUCUUAUUCAUCUUUUUUUUUUAUGCAUUCAAUUACCUGGUAUGAGGGUGCAUUGAUCAGUUAUAGUUCCCAAAGCCAACCUUUAUUGCAUAUAUCAUUCAGUGGAGGCUGGUGGGAGGAGCUAUAGGAGGACAGGCUCAUUGUAAUGGCUGGAAUGGAAUAAAUGGAAGGUUAUCAAACAUAUGGAAACCACAUGUUUCAGCUAUUACAAUGAGCCCGUCCUCCUAUAUAGCUCCUCCCACCAGCCUCCACUGAUAUAAUCUGUAUCAUUUUAUUUUUGCUCUGAUCCCUCAUUUUACUGUUGUGAUCAACUGCAUGCCUUUCUAUGGUAGUCAUGCUCCAGGGCUCUCUCCUGUCUCAGUUAGUCACAGCGCCACCUUGUGUUGGUCACCCAGUGCAGCAGUUUCUCUCUGUCAGCUGUCAACCUCCCUCGAUAAGAUACAUGUCACCUGCCCUGUUUUGGUUUAUGUUCUUCUUAUGGUCCUUAUAAGACGUAUGUAUCCCUGUAUGUAUGUUACAGUCAUAUAACUCCCUUAUGGCAUAGUGUCAUUUAUAGAAUGGAGGAAUACAAAUGAUCUAGACCUGCUCCUCCCUGUCUCUCUACCCUUCUCUCUUUGCCUCUCUGUCUCCCUCUGUCUGUCUGUCUGUUCUCCUUUUCUCUCCUUCCCUUCUUCUCUCUUCUUCUUGACCCUGUCAGGCGGCGUUAUUGAACAGUUUCCCAGACAUCUUUGACGAGCUGCUGCAGAUGUUCACGGUGCAGGAGGUGGCUGAGUACGUCCGGGGCACCCUGGGGAGCAUGCCCAGUACGGUGGAUAUCGGUCAGUCUAUGGACGUGGUCAAACUGCAGUCCAUCGCCCGCACCGUCGAGAGCAGGCUCUUCUUCUUCCCUGGUAAGCCUAAAGACUACAGGACAACUUUACUAACACCAAAUGAAACUGUGAACACUGUUAGAUGCUCCUAAAGUGGGACUGUAAUAGAUGGUUUCAUCAAUCUUUCUUCACUCUCUCCCCCUCUCCCUCUCUCUCCAUACUCCUCCCAUUCUCUUCCCCUCUACCUUUCUCACCCCAUCUCAGAGUCUCGUAGUAUUUUGCUGCCGGUGGUCCUGCAUCACAUCCACCUGCACCUGCGCCAGCAGAGGGAGCUGCUGAUCUGCUCAGGAAUCCUCACCAGCAUCUUCUCCAUCAUCAAGACCAGCGCUAUGGUACAUCACAUCACCACUGAAUCUACUGCAGUAGUAGAGGUUGGAGGUAGAAGUUGUCCUUAACCACAAAUCUAGGAUCAGAUGAUCCUACCCCCAGUCCUAAUCAUAAUCAUUAGGGGGAUGGAAUUAUAUCUGACCCUGUAUCAGUGGUUAGGGGCUACUUCUCUGUAACAGAAGCUGGUACCAAAACUGGUUACUAUAACACCUACAGUAGUGUAUCUAUAGUAAUCCCAGCUAAACAUCCUUUUCACAUUUUCUGUAUCAAAUGGAAUUAAAGAUGGGAUGACUGAGUAGUUGAUAAAACUUUAUACACUGCCAAGACUUGUUAAGGCAAGCAUAACACCAUGUCAUUGUUCAGACAUUAUUGUCAAAGCAUUAUUUUGUAGGCCACUUUACGUUCAGUGCGGAAUUCAUAUUUUAAUUGGUCUGUCGAGCGGCUUAUACAAAUUCAUCAAUUAUUCAUUGAAUUCCUUCUUGCUCGAUCUCUCUCUCUCUUUCCUCCUCUUCUCUCCUUCGCUCUAUCUCUCUCUCUGCCCUUCCCCCUAUCUCCUUCCUAUUUCCUCACCUCUCCCCCAUCGUUUCUGUCCUCCUCUCUGUUUUUCGCUCUCUCUCUUCCUAGGAGUCUUCUGUUCAGGAGGAGGUAGAGAUGAUGGUGGAGAGCCUGUUGGAUGUUCUGCUCCAGACUCUGUUGUCCAUCAUGUCCAAGUCUCAGUCUCUGGAGACAGCUAGGGGGCAGCGCUGCCCCCAGUGCACGGCUGAGAUCACGGUCAGAGAUUCUCCUCUCCUACACUACAUAAACAAUAUACUGUUUUGUAAUGCAUGGAACCUCACUAAUAUGGAUGUGUUUCUGCCUGUCCAGGGGGAGUAUGUGUCCACUCUGCUGUCCCUACUCAGACAAAUGACAGAGGUCCACUUCCACCACCUGCUCAACAACUUCCACAGCAAAGAGGAACUCAAGGUGAGAGCUGCAGUCUCAGUCUGACUGAGGAACCCGGGGCUGAGCUGUAAUAUGUACAUGGUAAUGGGCACAAUACACACUACAUCCAUUGACUUCCAGGAGUUCCUGUUGAAGAUCUUUUGUGUGUUCCGGAACCUGAUGAAGCUCACCAUCUUCCCCCGAGACUGGAGUGUCAUGAGGCUUCUGACCAGUCAGUAAGUCUGACUCACAUGACCUGUAACACUGCCUUCAUAUGGCCUCCUAUAAGAGAUAAGGGAACAUAUACAGCUAUGAGAUGGAAGUCCUUAUGCUGAUAGCAGGUGACGUUUGUGUAGACAAGACUAUUUUUAUCAUAACGUUUUGCUGUGACUCCUUCUGCAGUGUCAUUGUGGUGACAACACAGUACCUGUCCCCAGCGUUACAGAAGAACUUCUCCGAGGUGGAUUUUGACUUCAAGGUACGUGCCUCUGUAGAGAAACAAGAAGUGUCAUGUUGAACAACAGCAGUAAGCAAGUAAACAAUAGAGCCUUAAAUAUCCCGGAGAAGUCGACCCUGAAACUGCUGUUCUCUCCAUGUCUUUCUCUGUUCACUAAGGACUCCACGGUUUCCUAACAACAUUAUGCUGUCAUUCUGUGUUACACCUCUCUAGUCUUAUGUGUCUCAUUUGGUUCAACCUGGAUUCAUGGCUGGAGGGAAACUAUGGAAAUGCAUAACCUGAUGGUGAAAUGUAAAAGUGGCAACAAUGCUAAGAUGUAGGCCUAUAUAGAUAGAUAGAUAUAGAUAGAUAGAUAGAUAGAUAGAUAGAUACAGUAGAUAUAAAAGAUAGAUAGAUACAGUAGAUAUAAUAGAUACAAUAGAUAGAUAGAUCUUUGCCGUUAAAGGGAAUUUGAACACGUGUCUGAUGUGCAUGUUCUCUCUCUCAGGUGUGGAACUCUUUCUUCAGCCUGACGGUCCUGUACAUCAACCAGCCCAGUCUGCAGCUGGAGCCCCUGACCCAGACCAAGAGGAAGAAAGUCCUGGACAAGUAAGAACCUCUCCAUCACAUGUGUUGGUAUGUGUGUGUGUGUUUAUCUGUGUGUGUGUUCAGUAGUUCUACGUUCUCUACUUUAUCUCCCUCGUCCUUCCUCUGUAGGUAUGGAGAUAUGAGGGUGAUGAUGGCCUAUGAGCUCUUCAGCAUGUGGCAGAAGCUUGGUGAGAUAAACGUACAUUCAGAUACUGUGUUGUCAUUCUAGCCUUCAUGGAUAAUGUGUGUUUCAAUAAUAUCUGUGUUGUGCCCUCUCUGUGUGCUCCAGGUGAGAAUAAGCCCCACUUUAUCCCUGGAAUGAUGGGUCCAUUCCUGGGAGUGACACUCGUGCCUCAGAGUGAGGUCCGGAAUAUCAUGAUUCCCAUCUUCCAUGACAUGAUGGACUGGGAGCAGAGGCAGAACGGCAACUUCAAACUGGUCAGUGCUGUCUGUCCCCUGCUGUGUGACACCAGUCAUCCUCUGUAGGCUUGUUUAAGGACAGGUUAUAACCCAAUAUCAUAUCUAUAUUAUGGAUGUAUGAUUUUAGUGCUAGAAGUGUGGUGGUUGGUUCCUUAUGCACUAACCUCUGUGUGUGUUGUGUGUGUGUGUGUGUAGGUGGAAGCAGAGUUGAUGGACAAGCUGGAGAGUAUGGUGUCAGAUGGGAAAGGGGAUGUCAAUCACAGAGAGCUCUUUGGUCUGCUGUAAGCACCAACAACCUCAGUCUUCUAUUCAUACACAAUGUUACCUGAGUCAGUGUGCUGUAGUACAGAUGUAGGAUCUUUAGUUGAGCCAGUUUGCUACAGCAGGAAAAUAAUCCUGCAGCAACAGGGGUUGAUAAAUUUUUCAUUAGGGCAAAUCAAGUCUGACAUUUAAAGUGCAAAUUACAACAUUUAGAAUCCUUUUUAAACCUUGAAUACACUAAAAGUUUGCAUUUCCUGCUGUGCAGGAAAAUUCUGAGAAACAAAAGAGUGAUCAAAUUAGGAUCCUACAUCUGUAAUGUUAUUUUGUAUGCUCCUGACUUCUCAUGUGUCUUUUUCUGCUGCGUCUUUCAGGACCCAGUUGUUUGGGCCUUACCCCAGGUAAGAUAUCAGUUUCCCCACAGCCCAAGCUUUAGCUCUACCACUAUCAUGGUCCUCAAACAAACAAGUAUUUAUGGUUUACUGUCUGUCUGUCUGUAGCCUACUUGAGAAAAUUGAGCAGGAGACGUGGAGAGAGACGGGCAUCUCAUUUGUCACCUCUGUCACGAGACUGAUGGAGCGCCUGCUAGAUUACAGGUAGAUUGGAUUACUCAUUACAAACAACAUGUUAGUAUGAAAAAAUAAAAGAUGUCUGCUAAAUGACUAAAAUGUAAAAAUGUAAAUAUCAUAACAUUGUCUAUUGAUAAAUGGAUGUAUUGUAGAGAUUGGAGAGACAUUACAACUCUGCUCUGCUUUUAGGGAGUGUAUGAAAGGAGAUGAAAUGGAGAACAAGAAAAUGGGUGGCUCUUCCAACCUCAUGGUGAGACAUUGUAUAAUUUAUUAUACCUUAUUACUUAUAUACCAGUUAUGCCAGAGGUGUUUUGAGACAACGGCAAAUGUACUUUGGUUUUUGGUUCUUGUAGUAAUCUUGCUUCCUGAUAACAUUUGCCUGUCGUCACCAGAAUUUCUACAAAUCUGAGGUUAACAAGGAGGAGAUGUACAUCCGUUACAUCCACAAGCUGUGUGACCUGCACCUGCAGGCAGAGGACUACACAGGUAACACACUUUCCAACCUGCUCACACCGUAUAGCAUUGGAACCCUGUGACAAUCAGGAUUACCAUGUACGGUCAAUGUGGUGAAUUGUGAUUACCUUUGACCUCUGUGUGUCCUCCCCACCAACAGAAGCAGCAUUCACCCUGCUUCUGUACUGGGAGCUGCUGCACUGGGAGGACCGGCCCCUCAGGGAGUUCCUCCACUACCCCACACAGAGCGAGUGGCAACGCAAGGAGGGCCUCAGUCGCAAAGUCCUCCACUAUUUCAACAAGGGAAAGGCAAGUCAAGCUAAAACAAGUCAAACUAAGUCAAGUCAAGCUAAAACAAGUAAAUAUAAGUCAUUCAACAAAGGAAAGGCAAGGCUUUGUCUAGCCACUUUAGGUAGUAUUCAAAUGUGAGAUCCUCAAAUUUGGCCCAAAUCAAACCAUCAUUUUAUUUGAUAAAGUCCCAAAUGGAUGUACAUCUCAAGUCAAAAUCUCAAGUCUAAGCACUUCUCCAUGUGUCAUGAUUCCUAUGAUGGCUGUCUUUCCCUUCAAAUACUCCUGAGAAUAAUGUUCCAUAGACAUGAUAUUGUUAACCUAUAAUGAAAGGUUCUGUAUGGGUGAGCUCUGUCGCUCUAUCUCUUCCAGUGUUGGGAAUAUGGAAUAUCACUCUGUCGGGAACUGGCUUUCCAGUAUGAAACCUUAUAUGAUUACCAGAGUCUGAGCUGGAUAAGGGUGAGUCUGUCUGUCUGUCUGUCUGUCUGUCUGUCUGUCUGUCUGUCUGUCUGUCUGUCUGUCUGUCUGUCUGUCUGUCUGUCUGUCUGUCUGUCUGUCUGUCUGUCUGUCUGUCUGUCUCUGUCUCUCUCUCUGUCUCUCUGUCUCUCUGUCUCUCUCUCUCUCUCUGUCUCUCUCUCUGUCUCUCUGUCUCUCUCUCUGUCUCUCUCUUUGUCUCUUUCUGUCUCUCUCUUUGACUCUCUCUCUCUCUCUCUCUUUGUCUCUAUCUGUCUCUCUCUUUUUUCCUCUGUCUCUCUUUGUCUCUCUCUCCCCUUCUCUCUCUCUGUGUUCUCCCUGUCUCUUUUUCUAAAUAGUUGUCUGAGCCAUUACUUUAUCCCCAGUGAAUACUCAUCAUCACAAAAAUGAAAAGUAAAUAGAAAGGAAUGGAAUAUAAAAUAAGUACUUUAUUGUCCUCACAUUGUGGAAAUGUAUUCACAUUGCAAUACAUUGACGAAAUAUCAAAAACAUUAUUACCACUUUGUCAUCAAGGGAACCUCGUUGAUGUGUGUUGCUGAGAAAGAUCAAGACGCUAUCUGAGGGUUGAAUCAAGUAUUUUUGUCUUUAUAGAAAAUGGAGGCUGCGUACUAUGACAACAUCAUAGAACAGCACAGGAUUGAACCAGAGUUCUUCAGGAUGGGCUUCUAUGGCAGGAAGUUUCCUUUUUUCCUCAGGGUGAGAUGAACACACACACGCAUGCGCACGCACGCACGCACACUGUCUUGUAUAUCUAACCUUGUGGGGACACACAAUUCCGUCCCAUUCAAAAUCCAAUUUUCCCUAAAACCUAACUCUAACUCUUACCCUAACCCUAACUUUAACCCCAAAACUUAACCUUAACCCUAAACCUAACCCUAGCUCCUAACCCUAAAACUAACCCUAACUCAUAACCCUAACACUAAACUUAAUUCUAACCCUAACACUAAUUGUAACCUUAACCCUAAACCCCCUAGAAAUAGCAUUUGACCUUGUGGGGACUAACAAAAUGUCCCCAGUUGAUCAGAUUUGUUCGUUUACUAUUCUUGUGGGGAGUUCUGGUCCCAAGUAUAGUUAAACAUGUCCACGCACGCACGCACACACACACACACACACACACACACACACACACACACACAGGAUCUUUUAUCUAAUUGCAAUUUUUUGUACCUAUCAAUUGGAUGACAACUCUUCUCUCCAGAAUAAGGAGUUUGUGUGCCGGGGUUAUGACUAUGAACGACUAGAGGACUUCCAGCAAAGGAUGCUGGGAGAAUUCCCACAGGCCAUUGCCAUGCAGCACCCCAACCAACCAGAUGACGCCCUCCUACAGAGUGAUGCUCAGUGUAUCCUAACCAUGGUCAAUGUGUUUGUGUGUGUGUGUGUAUGCGUUUUGUCUGUCAACUCAACUGUCAGUCUAUUUGGCUGUGUUUUCCUUAACACCUGGCCUCAGACCUGCAGAUCUAUGCGGUGACUCCAGUGUCAGACAUUACUGACGUGCCUCAGCUGGAGCGCGUCCCAGAGAGGAUCAAGAGCUUCUAUCGCAUCAACAACGUCACGCGUUUUCACUUCGACAGACCCUUCCACAAGGGACCCAAGGACAAGGAGAAUGAGUUCAGGGUAUGUGUGUCUUAUGUCCAAGUUCUUGCUUUGUAGGUCUAAAUAGAAUGAAUGACAAUAGAAGGUAAUUAUAUUGUCUGUAUACUAUACAGAAGGUGAUUCAGUGUUUUGUGUGUGUGUUUUUAGAGCCUGUGGAUUGAGAGAACCACCCUGAUUCUGUCUCGUCCCCUCCCUGGAAUCUCCCGAUGGGCUGAGGUGGAGAGGAGAGAACUGGUGAGGAGCACUGUCAUCUCAUACUAUUGUCUCAUAGGCUACUGUCAUCUCAUGCUGUCAUCUCAUACUGUCGUCUCAUGCUGUCAUCUCAUAGGCUACUGUCAUCUCACGCUGUCAUCUCAUGCUGUUGUCUCAUAGGCUACUCUCAUCUCAUACUGUCGUCUCAUAGGCUACUGUCAUCUCAUGCUGUCAUCUCAUACUGUCAUCUCAAACUGUCGUCUCAUACUGUCGUCUCAUAGGCUACUGUCAUCUCAUACUGUCAUCUCAUACUGUCGUCUCAUAGUCUACUGUCAUCUCAUACUGUCAUCUCAUAGGCUACUUUCGUCUCAUACUGUCGUCUCAAACUGUCAUCUCAAACUGUCGUCUCAUAUUGUCGUCUCAAACUGUCAUCUCAAACUGUCAUCUCAAACUGUCAUCUCAUACUGUCGUCUCAUAGGCCACUGUCAUCUCAUACUGUCAUCUCAUAGGCUACUGUUGUCUCAUACUGUCGUCUCAUACUGUUGUCUCAAACUGUCAUCUCAAACUGUCAUCUCAAACUGUCGUCUCAUACUGUCGUCUCAUAGGCCACUGUCAUCUCAUAGGCUACUGUCGUCUCAUACUAUCGUCUCAAACUGUCAUCUCAUACUGUCAUCUCAAACUGUCAUCUCAUAGUGUCGUCUCAAACUGUCAUCUCGAACUGUCGUCUCAUACUGUCAUCUCAUAGGCUACUGUCGUCUCAUACUGUCGUCUCAUAUUGUCGUCUCAAACUGUCAUCUCAAACUGUCAUCUCAAACUGUCAUCUCAAACUGUCGUCUCAUACUGUCGUCUCAUAGGCCACUGUCAUCUCAUACUGUCAUCUCAUAGGCUACUGUCGUCUCAUACUGUCGUCUCAUACUGUUGUCUCAAACUGUCAUCUCAAACUGUCAUCUCAUACUGUCGUCUCAAACUGUCAUCUCGAACUGUCGUCUCAUACUGUCAUCUCAUAGGCUACUGUCAUCUCAUACUGUCGUCUCAAACUGUCAUCUCAUAUUGUCGUCUCAUACUGUCAUCUCAAACUGUCAUCUCAUACUGUCGUCUCAUAGACCACUGUCAUCUCAUAGGCUACUGUUGUCUCAUACUAUCGUCUCAAACUGUCAUCUCAUACUGUCAUCUCAAACUGUCAUCUCAUACUGUCGUCUCAAACUGUCAUCUCGAACUGUCGUCUCAUACUGUCAUCUCAUAGGCUACUGUCAUCUCAUACUGUCGUCUCAAACUGUCAUCUCAUAUUGUCGUCUCAUACUGUCAUCUCAAACUGUCAUCUCAUAUUGUCGUCUCAUACUGUCAUCUCAUAGGCUACUGUCAUCUCAUAUUGUCGUCUCAUACUGUCUUCUCAAACUGUCAUCUCAUAUUGUCGUCUCAUACUGCCGUUUCAAACUGUCAUCUCAAACUGUCAUCUCAUAUUGUCGUCUCAUACUGUCAUCUCAAACUGUCAUCUCAUAUUGUCAUGUCAUACUGUCAUCUCAUAUUGUCGUCUCAUACUGUCAUCUCAAACUGUCAUCUCAAACUGUCAUCUCAUAUUGUCGUCUCAUAUUGUCGUCUCAUAGGCUACUGUCCUCUCAUACUGUCGUCUCAAACUGUCGUCUCAUACUGCCGUCUCAUACUGUCGUCUCAAACUGCCGUCUCAAACUGUCAUCUCAUAUUGUCGUCUCAUACUGUCAUCUCAUAGGCUACUGUCGUCUCAUACUGUCGUCUCAUACUGUCAUCUCAUACUGUCAUCUCAUAGGCGACUGUCAUCUCAAACUGUCAUCUCAAACUUUCGUCUCAUAUUGUCGUCUCAAACUGUCAUCUCAUAGGCUACUGUCGUCUCAAACUGUCGUCUCAUAUUGUCGUCUCCUACUGUCAUCUCAUAGGCUACUGUCGUCUCAUACUGUCGUCUCAAACUGUCAUCUCAAACUGUCAUCUCAUAUUGUCGUCUCAUACUGUCAUCUCAUAAGCUACUGUCGUCUCAUACUGUCGUCUCAUAUUGUCGUCUCAUACUGUCAUCUCAUAGGCUACUGUCGUCUCAUACUGUCGUCUCAAACUGUCAUCUCAAACUGUCAUCGCAUAUUGUCGUCUCAUACUGUCGUCUCAAACUGUCGUCUCAUAUUGUCGUCUCAAACUGUCAUCUCAUAGGCUACUGUCGUCUCAAACUGUCGUCUCAUACUGUCGUCUCAAACUGUCGUCUCAUAUUGUUGUCUCAUACUGUCAUCUCAUAGGCUACUGUCGUCUCAUACUGUCGUCUCAAACUGUCAUCUCAAACUGUCAUCUCAUAUUGUCGUCUCAUACUGUCAUCUCAUAAGCUGCUGUCGUCUCAUACUGUCGUCUCAUAUUGUCGUCUCAUACUGUCAUCUCAUAGGCUACUGUCGUCUCAUACUGUCGUCUCAAACUGUCAUCUCAAACUGUCAUCUCAUAUUGUCAUCUCAUACUGUCGUCUCAAACUGUCGUCUCAUAUUGUCGUCUCAUACUGUCAUCUCAUAAGCUACUGUCAUCUCAAACUGUCGUCUCAUAUUGUUGUCUCAAACUGUCAUCUCAUAUUGUCACCUCAUACUGUCAUCUCAUAGGCUACUGUCGUCUCAUACUGUCAUCUCAUAUUGUCGUCUCAUACUGUCUUCUCAAACUGUCAUCUCAUAUUGUCGUCUCAUACUGCCGUCUCAAACUGUCAUCUCAAACUGUCAUCUCAAACUGUCAUCUCAUAUUGUCGUCUCAUACUGUCAUCUCAAACUGUCAUCUCAUAUUGUCGUCUCAUACUGCCGUCUCACACUGUCAUCUCAAACUGUCAUCUCAAACUGUCAUCUCAAACUGUCAUCUCAUAUUGUCGUCUCAUACUGUCAUAUCAUAGGCUACUGUGCUCUCAUACUGUCAUCUCAAACUGUCGUCUCAUACUGCCGUCUCAUACUGUCGUCUCAAACUGCCGUCUCAAACUGUCGUCUCAUAUUGUCGUCUCAUACUGUCAUCUCAUAAGCUACUGUCAUCUCAAACUGUCGUCUCAUAUUGUCGUCUCAAACUGUCAUCUCAUAUUGUCACCUCAUACUGUCAUCUCAUAGGCUACUGUCGUCUCAUACUGUCAUCUCAUACUGUCAUCUCAUAGGCGACUGUCAUCUCAAACUGUCGUCUCAUAUUGUCGUCUCAAACUGUCAUCUCAUAGGCUACUGUCGUCUCAAACUGUCGUCUCAUACUGUCGUCUCAAACUGUCGUCUCAUGUUGUCGUCUCAUACUGUCAUCUCAUAGGCUACAGUCGUCUCAUACUGUCGUCUCAAACUGUCAUCUCAAACUGUCAUCUCAUAUUGUCGUCUCAUACUGUCGUCUCAAACUGUCGUCUCAUAUUGUCGUCUCAUACUGUCGUCUCAAACUGUCAUCUCAAACUGUCAUCUCAUAUUGUCGUCUCAUACUGUCGUCUCAAACUGUCGUCUCAUAUUGUCGUCUCAUACUGUCAUCUCAUAAGCUACUGUCAUCUCAAACUGUCGUCUCAUAUUGUCGUCUCAAACUGUCAUCUCAUAUUGUCACCUCAUACUGUCAUCUCAUAGGCUACUGUCGUCUCAUACUGUCGUCUCAAACUGUCAUCUCAUAUUGUCGUCUCAUACUGUCAUCUCAAACUGUCAUCUCAUAUUGUCGUCUCAUACUGUCAUCUCAUAGGCUACUGUCAUCUCAUAUUGUCGUCUCAUACUGUCAUCUCAAACUGUCAUCUCAUAUUGUCGUCUCAUACUGCUGUCUCAAACUGUCAUCUCAAACUGUCAUCUCAAACUGUCAUCUCAUAUUGACGUCUCAUACUGUCAUCUCAAACUGUCAUCUCAUAUUGUCGUCUCAUACUGCCGUCUCAAACUGUCAUCUCAAACGGUCAUCUCAAACUGUCAUCUCAUAUUGUCGUCUCAUACUGUCAUCUCAAACUGUCGUCUCAUAUUGUCGUCUCAUACUGUCAUCUCAUAGGCUACUGUCCUCUCAUACUGUCGUCUCAAACUGUCGUCUCAAACUGUCGUCUCAUACUGUCGUCUCAUACUGUCGUCUCAAACUGCCGUCUCAAACUGUCGUCUCAUAUUGUCGUCUCAUACUGUCAUCUCAUAGGCUACUGUCGUCUCAUACUGUCGUCUCAAACUGUCAUCUCAAACUGUCAUCUCAUAUUGUCAUCUCAUACUGUCGUCUCAAACUGUCGUCUCAUAUUGUCGUCUCAUACUGUCGUCUCAAACUGUCAUCUCAAACUGUCAUCUCAUAUUGUCGUCUCAUACUGUCGUCUCAAACUGUCGUCUCAUAUUGUCGUCUCAUACUGUCAUCUCAUAAGCUACUGUCAUCUCAAACUGUCGUCUCAUAUUGUCGUCUCAAACUGUCAUCUCAUAUUGUCACCUCAUACUGUCAUCUCAUAGGCUACUGUCGUCUCAUACUGUCGUCUCAAACUGUCAUCUCAUAUUGUCGUCUCAUACUGUCAUCUCAAACUGUCAUCUCAUAUUGUCGUCUCAUACUGUCAUCUCAUAGGCUACUGUCAUCUCAUAUUGUCGUCUCAUACUGUCAUCUCAAACUGUCAUCUCAUAUUGUCGUCUCAUACUGCUGUCUCAAACUGUCAUCUCAAACUGUCGUCUCAAACUGUCAUCUCAAACUGUCAUCUCAUAUUGUCGUCUCAUACUGUCGUCUCAAACUGUCGUCUCAUAUUGUCGUCUCAUACUGUCGUCUCAAACUGUCAUCUCAAACUGUCAUCUCAUAUUGUCGUCUCAUACUGUCGUCUCAAACUGUCGUCUCAUAUUGUCGUCUCAUACUGUCAUCUCAUAAGCUACUGUCAUCUCAAACUGUCGUCUCAUAUUGUCGUCUCAAACUGUCAUCUCAUAUUGUCACCUCAUACUGUCAUCUCAUAGGCUACUGUCGUCUCAUACUGUCGUCUCAAACUGUCAUCUCAUAUUGUCGUCUCAUACUGUCAUCUCAAACUGUCAUCUCAUAUUGUCGUCUCAUACUGUCAUCUCAUAGGCUACUGUCAUCUCAUAUUGUCGUCUCAUACUGUCAUCUCAAACUGUCAUCUCAUAUUGUCGUCUCAUACUGCUGUCUCAAACUGUCAUCUCAAACUGUCAUCUCAAACUGUCAUCUCAUAUUGACGUCUCAUACUGUCAUCUCAAACUGUCAUCUCAUAUUGUCGUCUCAUACUGCCGUCUCAAACUGUCAUCUCAAACGGUCAUCUCAAACUGUCAUCUCAUAUUGUCGUCUCAUACUGUCAUCUCAAACUGUCGUCUCAUAUUGUCGUCUCAUACUGUCAUCUCAUAGGCUACUGUCCUCUCAUACUGUCGUCUCAAACUGUCGUCUCAAACUGUCGUCUCAUACUGUCGUCUCAUACUGUCGUCUCAAACUGCCGUCUCAAACUGUCGUCUCAUAUUGUCGUCUCAUACUGUCAUCUCAUAGGCUACUGUCGUCUCAUACUGUCGUCUCAAACUGUCAUCUCAAACUGUCAUCUCAUAUUGUCGUCUCAUACUGUCGUCUCAAACUGUCGUCUCAUAUUGUCGUCUCAUACUGUCGUCUCAAACUGUCAUCUCAAACUGUCAUCUCAUAUUGUCGUCUCAUACUGUCGUCUCAAACUGUCGUCUCAUAUUGUCGUCUCAUACUGUCAUCUCAUAAGCUACUGUCAUCUCAAACUGUCGUCUCAUAUUGUCGUCUCAAACUGUCAUCUCAUAUUGUCACCUCAUACUGUCAUCUCAUAGGCUACUGUCGUCUCAUACUGUCGUCUCAAACUGUCAUCUCAUAUUGUCGUCUCAUACUGUCAUCUCAAACUGUCAUCUCAUAUUGUCGUCUCAUACUGUCAUCUCAUAGGCUACUGUCAUCUCAUAUUGUCGUCUCAUACUGUCAUCUCAAACUGUCAUCUCAUAUUGUUGUCUCAUACUGCUGUCUCAAACUGUCAUCUCAAACUGUCAUCUCAAACUGUCAUCUCAUAUUGACGUCUCAUACUGUCAUCUCAAACUGUCAUCUCAUAUUGUCGUCUCAUACUGCCGUCUCAAACUGUCAUCUCAAACGGUCAUCUCAAACUGUCAUCUCAUAUUGUCGUCUCAUACUGUCAUCUCAAACUGUCGUCUCAUAUUGUCGUCUCAUACUGUCAUCUCAUAGGCUACUGUCCUCUCAUACUGUCGUCUCAAACUGUCGUCUCAAACUGUCGUCUCAUACUGUCGUCUCAUACUGUCGUCUCAAACUGCCGUCUCAAACUGUCGUCUCAUAUUGUCGUCUCAUACUGUCAUCUCAUAGGCUACUGUCGUCUCAUACUGUCGUCUCAAACUGUCGUCUCAAACUGUCGCCUCAUCAGACUCCUCAGGGGAUGAUGCAAGAGAGUGCAUAAUUUGUGUUUGUCUCUCUCUCGUAUGUUUCAUCAUGGAUUGAAAUCUAUGUGUGUGUGUUCAGGUGGAGGUGAGCCCUCUGGAGAAUGCCAUCUACGUGGUGGAGAAUAAGACCCAGGAGCUGCGGACCCUGAUCAGCCAGUACCAGCACAGGCAGCACCAUGGCAACAUCAACCCCCUCAGCAUGCUGCUCAACGGGGUCAUAGAUGCUGCAGUCAACGGGGGCAUCUCCAGAUACCAGGAGGUACUGACAGAGAGGGAUGGAGGAACAUGCAGUGUUAUCUGCUAUAGACCCAGUUGGUAUUAGAACGUUGCGACUCUGCCCACCUGUGGGGAAAACCCUUACAAAAAAAGAUUACAGUUUUGAAACUCCAGUAAAAGUGCAGUUACUGCAGUCGACUGUGGUAUUUUGGACGCAUUAAUUGCAGAAUAACUGCAGUGUACUGUAGUUCUACUGCACUCUAACUGCAGUUACACUGCAAAAUUACUGCAGUAAAAAAAACGGUGUUAUUUUGGGUGCAGUAUUUGCAGCAUACUGCAGUUAGUGGAGUGAGUGGAGUUACAAACGGACUGUACUAAACAAGUUAAAUGUCUUACCUGUGAUUUAAUGUUUUCCACACACAUAUAUAUGUGUAGUCUACUUGGACACUGUGUCCCCACAUUUCCCACACUGAAUAGCCUGAAGCCACAGGGCUCUUCUUGCAGGCUCUAUUUCCCUACGUGGGAGCAUUGCGAACCGUUGGUCGGGAGUUUUGACCUGGCUAUAUGUACAUUGAACAACACAGCAGCUUUUCGGCAUGUUUUGUUCUUUCUGUAUAACUAGAAAUCUACGACCAAGUUGGCUCUUUUACAAUGGGAGCCAAUAGGAAAGAAUGUUUGUUUCCCCAAUUUGUGGGCGUGGUCGAGGGGAAUUCCUUAUUAUUAUGUGAAUAUCGACUUGGAGUAUGCCUUGUAACUCAUUCAUAUCCCAUGUUCCUCCUCCACAGGCAUUCUUUGAUAAGGACUACAUCAACAGUCAACCAGAGGACGCAGAGAGGAUCACUCAGCUAAAUGACCUAAUGCAGGAACAGGUCAGACACAACUCUUAACUCUUAACUCCUCACUGCCCACUGGUCAAUGGUCCAUACAGUGUACAUGGGUAUAGAGGACAGAUAAACCAUAUGUUGUCUCAUUGUCACAGGUUCACAUCCUUGGAGUGGGGCUGGCUGUCCACGAGAAGUUGGUGCACCCAGAAAUGCGUCCUCUGCACAAAAAGCUGAUAGAUCAGUUCCACGUGAUGAGGGCUGGUUUACACCAGGUAAGUGGUUCUACAUGCUCUUCUGUUCGUGUAUGUGUGCUCCUGUAUCCAUAUGUGUAGGUGUGUGUGUGUGUGUGUGCAGUUAUUGUGAAUAUUCAGAGCAGUCUUUAUAUGUGGCCCAGCAGGGAUUGCCAGCGGCCUGCACAGGGGUCAACUCUACCAGAGGCAUCCUGACCACUCACAGCCACAUGAGCCCAGAGAGUGUUCGUCUGAUAAACAGACACAGGUCAGUCACACAUUAUACCAGGUUUCACUUGAGAAAGAGAUGUUACAGUAAUCUCAAUGUGACCACCUGUUAAAAUAUGAUUUUCUCUCUCUCUGCCUCUAUUUUAGCCCUAUGAACAUGCAGUGUUCUAUACGCCAGUCCUCCUCCUCUCUCUCUUCUCACACCUCCAGCGAGGCAGGAGGAAACCUGGUCAUCCUGACAGACGGCCUGAUGGGAGAGCCCCAUGAGGAUAUGGCACACAUGCAGGUGGGUUUCACAUGCACACAUUCACAUACAAGUUUUGGACGUUUUGAAGAUACGUGAGUGAACAGAUGUUUUAUUUUCCAGCCAAGCCCCUCCUCCUCCAGUCUGAGCUCCAUUCGCUCCACCUCCUCCCAGAUAAACAACUCCGCCCCUUCCAGCGCUAGAGGUGAGUGACACCUGCACCAGGAAGUAAAUAUUUUAUUUAGGAAACAUGCUAAUUCACAGUUGUGACUAUAACUGUCAGUCAGUUAUCCAGUGUUUAUCAGUGAGUCUCUGGUGUCCAUACAGUCUACAGCAGACAUAUCUGACCCGUCCUAUUCCCCCUCCCCCCCCUCCCCCAGGCUCUCCGUCCCUACCGGAUAAAGCCAAACACAACCGGGAGGUGAUGAUUCUGCUGCCUCCUCACCAGAGAGCUAACAACACCAUGUACUACAGCGUGACUGACAACGGACAGGUACUGACGUUACAGGCCAAACCAUUCAAUUACUGCUGCCAAGUUAAAAUAGAACUGAAGUGAACUGACGACACUGCUGCAUUAAUUAAGGAGAAGAAGACAGUUCGUUCACUGAGCGUAAGAACCAAGCAGAAAGCAGAAAUAGACUGGUACUGAGGCUACAGAACAUACUGUUUGUUCUUAUACUUUACCCUUAUCUUUAACCUCUGUCUCUCUGUUUGCAGAGCAACAAUUUGCAGCGUGCCUUACUCCAACAAGUGAGCCCCUGUAAGCCAUGCAUUGACCCUCACAUGGGCUUGCCAGAGAAAGGUGAGAAAUACUGAAUGCUUGUGGUAAAAUGGGUUAAUGCUGCUGAAUUGAGCUAAGUAGGACACAACUACACAUACAGUAGGAGGAUUUCCUAGCUCUGUAGUGAGCAUGUGGUUUGCUGGUGUUCCCCCAGUGUUCCCUAGUGCCCCCAGCAGCUGGAGUCUAGAUGCGGAGGGUAGGGAGACAGUGCCCUACAUCCAAGGACCUACAGGGGGCAUUAUCAUGCCCCCCGUUCCACCCAGGUCCUUCCCACCAGGUAAGAACAAUCAUGUCAUAAUAUACACCUUAUCUAUGGGUAAGAGUCCCUUAGCUGUCAUGUACACUAGAUUGGAGGUUUUGUAAAGUACAUGGGAAGUUUAUUCUGAUGUGAAUGUUUUUACUUGCGCUCUCUAGGUCACUUCCUGAUGCACUUUGAUGCGUUCCACCACCAGAACAGUGACCCACCCCCAGCCCUGCCCAUUCGCGCUCUCAGAAAGGUAAAAGACAGUCAUGCAUACUGUACCAGUAAAUAAUGCUAUCCUCUUAACUUGGUCAACAGAUGUCAACCCAUUUCUUAUCUUCCUCUCUCUCUUUCUCUCUCCCUUUAUCUAGUCUCCUCUCCACCCCAUACCAGGCUCCCCUACCAGUCCUCAGUCAGCCCUGGGGGGCAGUAACUCCACCCUUUCGGGCAGUGCCAGCAGUGGCGUCUCCUCUCUGAGUGAGAGUAACUUUGGGGGCCAGUACCCUGAUCCCCCCGUGCGGAAUGAUGCCAUGGAGCCCGUCCCCAGCCACCUGUGGACCCCUGAUGAGUACCUGGACUCUCCUUACCUCCACAUCCACUACAGUGGGCAAGAAGCAGAGUCCCUCGACCAGGUCCGACCCUUCCACUAUCGCAACCCCGUCUCACACCCCCACCCUCACCCCCACUCUCAUCCCCAAACGGCCGGCCUCGACGGUCACCCCCACCCUAACUCCCACCCCCACUCUCACACCCAACCGGCCGGCCUCGACGGUCACCCCCACCCUCACUCCCACAUGCCCACCCACCACCAGAUACCACUCCACGGCCCCCACCGCAUUCCUUACCGGCGCCCCCAGCCCCCAGCCGUGCCCCCCAAGCCCUACCUGAGGGAGGGGUGCAUCCCUGAGGAGGACCUAAGUUCC